UAAAGAGAGUGAGCAGAGGGAGAGAGAGAGAGGGAGAGAGAGAGAGUUGAAAAGCAUGCCAAGCAAGAGCAAGGCGCUCACUCUGAAGCAGGCAGAGGCAACAGCUACAACAACAGCAGCACGUUCCUUCCCCGUCCUCUCUCUCCUGUCCUCUAAUCCCACAUCCAUGCCAGGGGGGGAGAUGGAGGGCACCCUGACCCGCUGAGGAGCUCCAUCUUCGGGAGAGGGAAAAUCUCAGCAGCCCCCCUCCUCCUGUGAAUGCCGGGAUAAUUUUUUGAAAGGGGGCAAUCAACAAGAAAGAGUGAAAGGAGGUGUGUACCCACGAGCCUGUCGGCAGGAGAAAGGGAGGGCGAGAGAAGAAGAAGAAGAAGGGGGAUGAGUGGCAGGUUUGGCUCAGCAGCUGAUGCCCGGGACUGAGAGAGAGAGAGAGAGAGAGAGAGAGAGAGAGAGACGGAGACAGACUGAGGGAUAGCUGAGGAGCGGAAGGUUGGCACGUGUGGAGCGCUGUGUGCAACUUGUUGGCCAAGAGGAAAAGAAAAACCGAAUACACACACAGCUGGACAGAUGAGGAGGCAUCAGGGAGCACGCUUAAGUCCCGGGUAAGUCCACUUGUGCACACAUAACAUCACAUACGUUUUUCCUUUAGUGGUUGCUAUGGUUUUACAAAUAGAGCUUCGAAACAUUUGAAACGCAACAGGGGCUGGUUCAUGGUUGAUGUCUACGCAUCUUGACAAGUCUCCCUACUUGCCCUCGGACACUUGCAGCAAAGAAAAGAGGACGAUAAGGAGAGACCGUGUGUGUGUGUAUUUGUGUGCGUGUGCGCGGGCUCAUAGUCAUGCUUUCCCACCGUCCACAUCCUGUUACUACAUGAUUUUAAAACUACUAGAGACAUUUUAUAACGGCUUUCAUAAGCUGUCAUCAUGACGCUCGUAAAUGAAACCUCCACUGAUGUAAUGUCCAACAUCACCGGGCAAAUUAAACAAUUACAUCACACUUACAUCAACACUUGUUUUCCAGGCUGUAACACCGCUCAUUACAUUUACUCUGAGUGGUUUGUUCUGCACAAAGUGUGAAGCCAUAAAUUGUGCAACGAUAAAAUCUGAAAGGAUUCAAAACUUGUUGUGGCUGCUGCUGCAAUUCAGAAGCCAGGACCUGUUUUUGCACGGAGACAUGUAUAGCUCUGCUUACCCACGCUGCACCGCUAUGUGUAACAUGACAUGUGUGGCCAUGUGUCAUGUCACGUUGUGGCAGGGUGCAUGUGGCUCAUGACAGCAGGUUUGCAUGAGGUGUAUCUGCGUCCCUCCAUCGAACCUCCUCUCUUUCUGAUCCUCUUUUCUCACCCUCUUUCUUUCUGUUUCCAAUUAUAGGCUGUCACCUCUCUCCUUUUCCUCCUGAUCCUAUCUCCUGUUUCAUUCUCUUGCUAAGCAAUUACCUUUACCUGGCUCGGCCCCUCCGGACAGCACGGCUGGUUAGUUUCCUGUCGGCCUUUUCAACAAUCAAAGUGAAGCAUAGAUGGAAGAGGGAGGGGGGGUAUUCACGCCUAUUUUCCCAUUUGGUUGGCAAAACCUGAGCGCAGAGAGUGACCUCUGUGAAGUUGCGUACACUUCAUAUUACUGCUGCUCUCAGAGAUCCCAAAAAGAUAUAAAAAUAGGAAAUAGCUGCGGGGGCUUUUUUCGAAAAACAGAAGAAUUACGCCUCUAAUCAUGCAAUCAGCUCAUUAUAUCCUGCUUCUCAUUAACUUGUUUGGGUUUCUAACUUUAUCACAGACUCCUCUGCCUCUAAAGAGAACUAAAAGGAAAAAAACCCACCCAGACAGAGCUGGCAGGCAGUUCGCUCCAAGCAUACGGGCAAACUCUCAGCAUCUGACAAUAGAGCUGAAACCCCCUCUAACCUUUCUCCCCGGCUGACUCCUUGCAUUAGUUAAUGAAUCCAACCCUCUUUUGAAGUAUCUUUCUCUUCUUUUUCUCUUACAACAGUGAAGGUCCCGCAGACCACACAUGUUUACUCAACAACAGCCGCACGCUCCCUCCACCUUUAUAACCUCUGCAGCAGUGUGAGUUAUCUGGUGUAGCAUCAUUGUCCUUACCGGUGCCAAAAUAGUGUGAAGAGACACGAAAUCUGAGGGUGGAAAUAAGACACUGUAGUGUCACUGAGGAGAAAGAUAAGAGGAAAAGGAUGUAGUGGACACAAAGGGGGAGGUGGGAAUAGUGACAUUAAAUUGAAUAAAAGAAGAUCAGGGUGAUAAUGGAGCAGCGGUAGACAGGACAGAUGGAGCUCAGGUGCUGGCAGAAAAAUUGAACAAUAUGGAGUAACCUGUUUUUCUCGGAGGGUGUCGAUGGUUGGUGCAGUUUUUGUUACGAGUACAGUUACGGAUAGCUACUUCCCAGCCACAACAGGGGGAAAGAAGGUGAGGGAAGGGACAGAGAGAAAGAGAGAGAAAGAGAGAGAGAGAGAGAGAUUGCCAGUGGAAGCGGAGGAUGUUUGAUUUAUUCAUAAAAGCCUUCUGCUGCUGCAUCUCCUUAAAGGACAAUUUCAGCCAUCAAUACUUCUGGUUAUCCUGACAUGUCUUAAUUAUCUUUCGACCGUGUUAAAAGGCUCUUUUCAGUUCAGUGUAAUGUGAAAUAAUAAAAUAUAUUCAUUGAAUAAUGAUGUUUUCAGUUGACCAUAAAUUCAAAUGUUUCGUUUUAUGUUAAUUUGUCUGAUAAGAAUCUUACCAACAGUGGAAUUGGAGACAAUAUAGUUUCAGCUUAUAAAUUAAUUAUUUUCCAAUAAAUACAGUCAUCUUUAAUCAAUAUUUUGCAUCAUUUUGCUAACAUUUUUAGUGGGUAGCCAUGUAAUUAGCUGGAUUAUGUUCAUUCAGCGUCAGUGUGGCUGUCAGUAAUGUGACACAUCCAGAUCAUUCACUGAAUAUUAACAUGGAAACUGCCCCUCCAUCCUCUCCUGAAGUGAGAUGUAAAGCCAAAUACCGCCUGGAUGGGCAAUGACAUGUUGCACUGAUAGAGCCGUCUGGCACGCACAGAAGCAGACUGGUUUCUGUUCCAUACAGAGGGCUGUCACUGUGAGGGAAUCCCCCCUGUGGUGAUUCAGGGUUGCUCAAUACUGCAGUAUGCAGUAUAAUUGCUCAGGUCCUUUACUUGUCAAUUGUUCAUUCUUUGGGUUACUUCUUGUAUUAACUAUUAACUAGGAAAAUGAUAACCAAAUCCUUUUACUUCCCUUUUAUUUUUCUUCAACAUUAUUUUUGCAUUACUUGACUUCACUGCAGGAACACAGCACUGUAAUUGUAGACAGCAGACUAUGUGAACUAGGAUGGGGAUUAGGUGUAGGUGUAAAAAGUGUCUCUGAGCGCCAUUUGGGGGCUGAAAGAGCCGGUCCUUGCUGCAACAAAUGAUCUGGAUCACUUAAAAAAAGCCUGAAUCCCAUCACAGGUUUCAUUCAUGCUGAUGUUGCUAACCUGAGAAAGGAGAAGGAUUUAAACUCUGCUCUAAUGCAGUAAGAUGGAUCACAGACAACUUGAGCAAGGGCAUGCAGCCUUUGCAGUCUUGAAGUAACAUGUAGAAAUUUAUGGAUGUUAUGUGUGUGGAUUAAUGUGGGGAGCCUGUUUUUUGCUGCAUAUUUUGGCUUCACUGUCCAUGAAAACUUGUUGGUCUGGAUCAGUGCGCAACUCUGAGACUAAGAGGAUACAUCAGAAAUACUGUUGAGCAGAUUUAGCCAAAAGAGGCCAGAUUAUCAAAACUUCUUUAUUUGGAGGUUAAAAUAAGGGUAGAAAUAUUUAAUCAGAUCCUUUACGUAAGAUAUUUGUAUUUUUGUGGCACUCUACACACUUCAGUUUGUGUGACUCAGAGAAAAAGUUCAAUUCCACCAUCACAAAUUUUGACUGCACUCAGUAACUAAAUGUUUUGGUUAUUGUUGCUCAGCUCUGAGGGUCUUUUAGUCGUUUUGGCUUAUUCACCUAAAGCUUAACUGCUUUGUAUUGAGCAGAUAAUUGUGUUUCAGCAAAAAAAAAGUUCUUAUUAUUACCCCGUUGUGCUGCCUUCCAAGCACAAACAGCAGAUGGUCCUUGAUAGCUAUAACAUCAGUUAAUUCAGACACAUUUAGCAUGUGGAUUGAAGAGGCAGGCAGAGGCCGUAGGAACAAAGCGAUAGAGAUGAAGAGAAAGGCUGAUGUCUGCAAAUGGCUCUAACAAGUCAAAGGUCAACUAUGGGGUCAGUUUUACUCAGCUGUAUGUAGGCUACAUGACCAACAGUUUGGAUUUGAAAAUAGUCUGAGGAUUUUUUUCAUACUCACAAAUUUGUUACCUUGUAUGACAAAAGUCUCAUCUCAAGGGCACAAACACUUCAACUCAAUCACUUCAGUUUCAACUCAAUCACUUCAGUUUAAGACCUGCAUUUGGAAAUACAGGCUGGGUAAAGACUGAAUACUCAUUUGUAUGCUAGAGUAGUAGAGGUGGUGGGCGAUAUUUCCUCAAAAUAAUAUUAAAACAUUUCAAGAAAAUCUGUGAUAAAGAUGACAACAUAAAAAAAUUUCAAACAACAUUUUUAACAGCAAUCGCAGCAUGAAAGCAGCAGAAUGAAUAAAAGCAGUCUUUUUUGUCCACCUAAUGCCUUAUUUUCAUCAAAAGGAUUGUGUAAAGACCAAGGGGUGUAAUAAAAAUCAAAGCUUGUUAUAUUCUAAACAGUUUUCGAGUUUAGGGGGGAUGAGGGGGAAUGUCAUCCCCCCCUGAAAUGAGAAUGGUCAAAAUCCUCCCCCUCCUAAAACGGUCGUCACAGGUUUUCCAUCCCAUGAGCCAUUUUUGUCAAUGAAUGUGGAAAUUUUACUAGUAUUUUAACAUAAGAAAUAUUACCACCAUUUCUGGUGCUGUGACGGAGCGGCGUCGUCACUGUCUGCGGGCAGCGCAUGGAGACACACAUACCGACACACGCAAACAUUUCCCUCCACGCCAGCGUCGCUAAUUAUCCACUAAACAGCGCAACCAAGGGUCCACACGUGGAGCUCUAUGAGCUAACGCAAACAUACAUUCACAUUAGAUAUUCAUCCCUCCACUUACCUGCCGGGCGUCCUUUCAGUCACGCCACCGUGCCGGCUCAGGUUUCCAAAUGAGAAACAGAGCGCGUGAUUUCCGGGUGUAAAAUAGAUGAGUAUGGAGAGUCAAAGUGGUCACAUGAUUCAAGAAAAAUUAAUUUCCUUGUAGUUUGCCAUGAAUCCCUAAAAAUGUAUACUGUAUUGAUUUGUUUAAGAAUCUUGUAAAAAUGGUAAAAACUUACAGAAAAAGUCUGAAGGUUAGAAAUGGUAAAACUGGCUUGAAUGGGAAUAAAUGAGUUUUUUUUCCAAACUUAUGUAAUAAAUAACGCCCACAGGGAGGGGCUAGGGGGAUUUAAAAGAAGCCUGCCUGGGCCUUUCUCUCUUUGGGUCUUGAGUUUGUUGAAUGAACAGUACAUACCACACUAACUUUUGAAUUGCUGAUGUGUUUCUGAUUUUUUUUUCUUGAGUGAGAAUCUUUUGUUAUAGAGAAGCUCUUGCCUUGCUGGCAUUUUCUUUUUUGCUUUGUACAUUUUGUAAAUGGUAUUUGACCAUUUUUGGCACUUUUGUUAAUGUUUUUGCAUGGCACCUUGGAAGUCUGACUGUAAGUAAUUAUCACCAUCACUAUAUUUUUCUGCCUGUGUUUUAACACUAUAUUUAUGUUUGAUCGAGAAUCUCGCGACAGGGGGCUUUUCAUAUCUUUAGUAAAAUACUCUGGGUGAGGAGAACAGGACACUUUUUUUUCCAUUUUUCCAUUUUUUUAAUUCUAUUUUUUUUUUCAUGAUGUCAGUAAGUGGCAAAGCAGCGCUGGGGAUGCUGUUGUAAUUUCAGUAUUAUGGCCAAACGACAUGGACAGCUCGAUCCCUAUGAUAAGGUAAUAUAAUAAUUAUCUUUGUGCUUUAGCAACAGUAAAAUGGGAACACAGUUGAACACACCAUGUGCACUGUCAGCAGAACAAAAUAUCUGUCCCAAACAACAAAAUCCACCAUCCCCCUGAUUUUUUUUUCACAACUCGAAUACUGAUUCUUAACCCCCCAAAAAACUUUUCAAUGUGACAAUCAUCCUGUGUCUGUGCAUGUCAGCGAAUAAAGAUAGAAUAGUCACUCCAAGUUCAGUUUAGUGUCCUCUGAGUGUAUCUGUGGGGUCUUCAGUUCAGUUACUCAGCUGUAUCCCUGUUGGAUAUUUUGAGACACUGCCUUUAUUUUUACUGUUAAAGGAGUCGUGUUUAGAUAAUCUGACUGAAAACAUCCCUUACCUUGAUGUUUCAUGAUAAAAGCAGUAAGGCAUAAAAUGGGAGUAAUAUGUCAUCACUAUCGUCAGUUUAAGACAGGUGAUUCUGUGCAGGUAAAUCUACCACUGUAUAGAUAUCCGUCCCUGCUGUGCUGGCAGACUGAGUUUACCCAACGAUUUAGCCACUACAGACUUACACUGUCAGCAUCAACAUCAGAUUUGACAUCAAGGGGAGGAGGUGGUGCUGUUUGGUCAGAGAGUGUUUGGGUGCACCUGACUCUGCUCUGAAAGGUCAAAGCAGAAAAUCCUACUGUAUGUUGAAAUCAUUAUAUAAUCCUUUCUUGAGCACAUAAAAAAUAACUGGCGACACCAUGGACAGUAUAUUAGCACAGCCCUAAUGUUGAACCUAAAGCCUAAAGCCAUUAUGUAUUUGUAAACUUCAAAUGAGACUUUAAGGAGUGGCUCCCCUUUCAUGAACGCUGCUAGUUUCCACCAUGUUUCUGCUGUAACAAUGAAUACACAAAUCAGUCACAAAUAUAUUUUUGUAUUUGAUAAGGAGCUGCACAAAAUCCAGCAGUCAGAAGCCAAAAUGAAUAGAUUUGUUUUUGUACUGGAAAGGAUCAGUUUUGAUAGAUGUUUCUGGCAGAAAAAAAAUGGACAAAUGAAGGAUCAUACUUACCUUGCACCACGGUAGCUUUUUGUCCUCUAAGCCCACAAUCACUAUACUGAUAGAAGAGGUGAGUAAGGGAGCACCUCACUGUUGAGACCAUAGAAUGGACACCGUCUGCCUCCUUGCUGAGUGAAGCCACCGCGAAAACAGCACCCUCUGGUGACGGGCUGCAGUAUAGGUCAUAAAUCCUGCCUCCUCCAGCAAUCCCUAUGGAGCUGUGGACAAACUUUAGAAAUUUAUUUCACAGAAUAUAAAUUUUUCUCCCCCUAGGUUGUGAUGUUGACAUGUAGUUACUGUAAGACGGGUUUGUGCUCAAGUCCUCUUUUUUCUGUACAGCUCCAUUUUUAAACAUUAUUAGGGGGUUCAUGUUUUCUAUGAUUGAUGCUUGAUCCAGCAAAUGACGCUUGCGUAGCUCACCCAGGGGAUACGCUGUUUAAGCCGAGCGUCAUCACAGUGACUCUUUGCGACUCUCCUGCCGAAUGUGUACAACGCUACUGCGCAAUGCUGGUUUCACGAAGUGGAGGAAAACUAACAAACUGCUCCUGAUGUUUUCUGGGUUUAAUUUUUUGUUUUUAAACCUCCUGUUUUUCCUGGUUCAGGAAAACAAAAUGACUGUCAUUUUUCAAUAAAGUACAUGAUAAUGGUUGAAGCCAUGGAUAUGAGGCACAACUUGUAUGAGAUUGUGAUUCUCCAAUCAGACUUUAGACCCUGUGCGGAGUGAGGCUUUCAGGAGAUGUGGUAAUCUGAGAAAAACAGAAGGUUAAGGCCUCAGGGGAUAAAAAAUUAGAGUGAUGUUUCUGCUGAAGGAGAGUUAUAAGGGCUGUGUAGUGAGCAGAUUUGAUUGGGAAGGUGACCUGGGGUUUUGUAGGCGUGUCAAAGAAGCUUUUGAUCCAAGUGUGUCUGUGUUUGUGUGUUUGUGUGUUUGUGUUUGUGAGGAUGGUGUCUGACCUUGAGAAAUCCUCCAAGCAUUUUAAGGACGUCCUGUGUGGAGGAUGUGGAGCUGGCGUUAAUUGCUGUCUGGUGAUUGUGGUGCAUGCGCUGACAAGGGCACAACACCCACAAAUAUCACACGCAGCCUCGAUAUCCUAACACACGCAUGAUAAAACGCCAGUCUUCAUUAAACUGUGGAAUUACAGUACAGAGUCUUGUUGUUGCAUCAGUGGCUGCAACAGAAUUUAAUGCUUUAGCUUCUAGUACUAUUCAACCAAAGUGAGUGUGUUUGUGUGCAGCGUGCGUGUGUGUAUGUCUACAGAGGUUACAAGGCUUUUAGAUGUUGGUUGCUGGUGUUGUCGACACGAAUGUUGUAAAAAUCAAGGCCAUGAUCCCGGUAAGUAAUGAACAGGUGGGCUUCUAUAUCAGGGCAAGAAACCAGCAGGUGGGAACUUCUCUGGAGUCUGAGCCUCGCUCGCGGCUGCAUUACAACCUACGACCCCUCUGCCCCUCCCCCUUUCCCUCAUCUCUUUUCUCUGCCUUUCACUCUCCCUCACGAUAAAUUAUUCCCUCUCACACUUUACCUGUUUUUCUCACUCGACCCUUUCACUUUUCAUUUGCUUACUUUAAUUCGCCUUCCCAGCUGCAUUUUCUCAGACGUGACCCCCACACCCCGAGAUCCUGUUGUUUAUUCUCCUGCUCACGGUUUCUGUCUGUCUAUCCGUCUGCCUGUCUGUCUCCUGACCUCCCUUCUUUCCCUCCCUUUCCCUCUCAGUCUCUUCCCAUCACAGCUGCUUUGGUCUAAUAGAAGUAACACUCAUAAUGAAUUAGCAUUUAGCCGUGCCUCAUUAUUCGGUCCGACAUAACCAUCCCUGGAGUCAUUCUCAAUCUCUUUAAUAUAAACUCUCAGAUUCAAUUUGGUGCUGACUGAAUCUUUCCCUCUGAUAUCUAAAAAAAAAUCUAAUCUGCUGUCCAUGACUGGAUUUCAGAGACUGGUAUUUUCUUGGUAUGGAUAAGUUAUUGAUCAGCACCAGUAAAAAGUAGUGAUACGCUCACAGGGCUCACUGUUUUUAAUGCUGUUUUUAUUCAGUCAUUUCACCCAUCCCCAAGUGCUGAUGAAGCUUCCUGCAUCAGUGAAUGGCUUUGCAGUGUUAGUCUCAUGUGGGAAAAGGUCUUUUGGACGUUUAUGGUGGACAGAUGUACUCGUUUACACACAAGUAAUAGAGUAUUAUAGCAUUAUGACAAUAACCAUUAACCAUAGCAACAGCGGUGAGUGGCUGCGUCACAGCUUAGACACAUCAUAUGACUAGAGUUUUGGGCCAAGAGCGAUAAAUAUAAAAAGUUAAAUUUAACCCACAAGCAAUUCUGGUGCCAACAGCAUUUAGUCACUUUGUGGACCUAACGCACAGAUUUUUUCCUUCUCUCUUGUACACGGUCGGUGCAUCACUAAGAUUCUGAUGAUGACGCCCAGGAAGGAGUAAAACCGACAGAUCAUCUGACAAGAUAAAUUGUUUUUAUCUUCAGAUGGCAGCCAGAGAGGGUGACUACAACAGUUGUGCUGUACGAUCACUAUCAAAUUAAAGAUGCCAGGAAACUUGAGAGAGUUGUGUGACUAAGACACAGCUACUUACCCUGCCUUUGACACUCUAAUUCAACGCUCUUAUUCACUCUGUUGCAGCUCAGUUUGCAUCAUGCUCAUCCCUGCUUGCAUCCAAACAUGUUUUAAUUGUCAGGUAGCUGAGCAGUCAUCUGACUCUCACUAGGCUGGUGUAGCUCAUACUUUUUAGGAAGCUGUGUUCAUCCUGCACAAGCUGGAACACCAAGCCAGGGUUUUAAGAAUUACACACUCUGGAGGCCACUUUUGGAGAGGCUCCAUAUUUGUUUUUGGAUCAAGAGCAAAAAGCAAAAAGAUUUACUACAAAUUAAACCGGCUUCAUUUAAGUGUAGAAAUUUAGAAAACUGACAGAUAUCGCAGCCUCUGCGUAUAAGUCAGUAUAUUAUCUUCUUUUAACUACAUCUCUUUGUCUGGCUCAGGUUUUAUUUCUGCACCUGUGUAGUAAACGUCAUUGAUGCAUGGUUGUAAAAGGAGCUGAGAUCAUAAAACCUUUUUUAGUGUGUGAAUGAGUUUUGGCAUCAGGUGUGUCUGACCUCUUUGGUCAACAGUUUUGACCCUUUGCCGCCAAAGUUGUGACAACAUUUUCCUUAAGUUUCCACUGGUAUUCAGUGUUGCUGUUAAGAGUAAUUUUAACGUUCUUCCAUCCUGAAAAUUCAGCUUUGAAAAUGUGGCUUCAACCUUGUCUUUUGAAAUAUGUGAUUAUUCUUACUAUGAAGGUUGCCAGCACAGUCAGCUGGAUGGAUCGGGCUGUUUGAUUUCCAGGAUGCAGAAAACACAAUCAAUGAAAACUGAAUCAACUGCACAACUAAACAUAUUGUAUAUCAUGUUUUUGUGUGAUGUGUUUUCACUGGGGGAGGGGGUAUCAUGUCCAGAGUUUUUGUUGGACCUGCAAGCAAACAUGUGACCACCUGCAAUCAAAACACUCAACUGAAAAAUAGAGAGAGGCAGAGGGGGCUGGUAAGACUUCAUCACUCCUCUUCUGCAAACACAUCGGCAGAAACUAGACAUGAGUUCAUCGAAGAUUUUUCGCCUGUUUGAGUUGAAUUAGAUACACAAAAAAUUAAAAAAACAGGUCUAGGUCUGUGUCCUGUAAAAAAAUCUGCAGAAAAUCCAUGAAAAAUAUGUCAUUAAAUGUCAAAAAACAACUGUCAUGAAGUAACAUCUUCAUUAGUGGAGUGCUUUUAGUUGAUUUUUUUUUUUUUUUUUUUUUUUUGUGACAUAUAAAUGUUCAUUAAAUUUAGGAUAUUUUCCCAGUACUUAUCCACUACAUGAUAAAACAUUCUUCAGGUGGUAAAAUAUGGGUUUGUCCUAAAACUGAGAAUUCUGAAAAACUAAAAGUAUGUGGGGGGGGGGGGGGGGGGACUGAAUUGGUAACAAACUAAAAGGAAUUGAGCCCUCAGUGAAUAAGCUGCUAAGUGUUAUCUAUAGUUCAAAUAAUAAAUAUCAAAUCCUUAACCAGUGUGUGCGUGUGUAUGUCUGAGUGUUAGUGUGAGUGCAGCAUACCUCUCAUUACCUGCCUGUCUUGAAUUAAACCGUUGUGUUUCUCAGACUUCAUUAAAUGUUGAUGUGGGUCAUGAAGUUAUUUUCCCGCUCACCUGAGCUUCCUCUCUCUCUCUGCAGAUGUUAAUGCAGGUCAAAGGGAUUGCCCUCUGUGAGUGCGUGCAUGUGUGUGUUUGUUUGUGUAUGUAUGUGCAUGUAUGUUAGAGGGUAAGGGCACCUGGGCACCUUACAUCAAAUGUUAAUGCAGGUUUAAAAAGUAUUACGACAUUUUAAUAAUGCAUUUCAAUUAGUGACACACAGGAUCCACAUCCUUCACUCCAUUUUUCUUUGCUUUUCCCCUGAGUGCAGUGGGUGUGUGGUGUAAAAAGUGCCAUACAUUAAUGCUUGAUCUGAAGCUCCUGUGAAUUUUUUUUUUUUUUUUUUUUUUGGUCAGUUGUUAAACAGACUGAAAUGAACAGUGAUACACCUUUAUAAUAUUUCAGCGCAACUGAGACCAUGAACAGCAAGACUGACAAUUUCUGUAUGGUACUUUUAAAUGCCCCUAACCACUGUGAGGAGGUAAAGGAAGCUGUAGAGACAAACUUUGUCACUGUUUAAUCUGCAAAGUGUCACUCCAGACACUUGACCUAGGGUGAUAUUAGAAUCCAGUGAUAUAUAUUGGCGUGUCAUUGCCUUGAAAAAAGUUUUGUUGACGAGUAUUCAUCAUCGUAAUUCUCUUGAACGAUAUUAACACUGGCUGGGAGGUGCCAAAAUCCACACAGACAUAAAAUUACUCACAUGAGCUUUUAGCUGUGUUUGACUAUGUAACAUAUAAAGUCAUAAAAAGCAGUCAAACUCGCUGUAUAAGAGUGAUACAGAGAAAGGGAUAUAUUAAUGUAUAUACUGUAUAACUUCUCAUUGACCUAUAGUGGGCAUGUUUAUGAGUGGGUGAUAGAAUACAUGAAAUACAUGAGUGCAUGCAAACACAAGUGUUUAUGUGUGUAUUUCCAUCUAAUGCCAUCUGCAGAGCAGACCUUUGAGGCAGGGGGGACUCUAUUCAUUAACUUUGACCACAUGACUUCUAGGAGAGAACACUGAAGUGUAUAUGAGUGUGUGUUCGUGGGUAUGUGUGUGUAUGUUAGUGUGUUUUGCAUACUUUAUACACUCACAGGGUCAAUCAGCCUCACUAAUAUGCUCCACUUUUCUCCCCUCUUCUCUCCCUCCCUCCUCCUGUAAUUCUCGCUAGUUGAGCAGCUUUCUGAUCCGUAAGGAGUCUGUUAAUGAAUGCUGUAUUGCUAUUGAUUUUUCCUCUGAUCCCUCAGUUUGUUCGGCCACGAUACAAACCAUGUUUUCCUCCAAAGUGAAGAGCCAGGCUCAGCUGAUAGCUGUGAUGAAGUGUUGUGCCCCAGCCCAGCAAAUUGGAUUUUAAUGAUUCAAGUAUCAUUUCUUGAACACUGCUCACUGCACUCUGCAGAAAUUAAACUGUGAUGCCCUCUAUGAGAGGUUGAAGGAAAGGGUCAAAGAAGAAAUGUUUCUGUUUCUCAGCUGAGGGCGAACCAAUUUUCCAUUAUUGUGAAAAUGUUGAUUUUACAUCAGACCAAAACUAAAAGACUAUUUUCUUCAGGACACAUUAAAUAGCAAAACUCAAAAGGUUUGAAUUCUUUUCUCUGUGAAAUCAGCCUCUAGUCUAGGGCUGUUUUUAAUUAGUGUGCUGUGAUUGUGUGAUCUUACAACAUGCUUUUAUACAAUUCAUUUAGACAUACAGACAUUAAAAUAAUGCUGAUGAAAAGGACAGAGAUGAUAGUGAGAGAGCGAGAUAGAUUUGCCACUGAUGAAAGGUAGAUAAUGAAAAUGCUACACUGUGAGUUAGUUUAUUAAAUGAAUCUACGUAUUUUGAUUAUCAAGAAAUAUAGUACACAUGAUGUGGUAAUACACUAUAGUUUUUGGAUAACAGAAUUAAGUUUAUUAUUAUUAUUCAUAACUCUUAUUUCACUUUCAAUGAUAAAGAAAUGAUCAUAAAUGUUCUUUCUUAAGCUGUGUCACCCUGUUGUAGUCCGUAAUGGACUGGCCUGAGGUCUCGCAACAAACAAGCGGCUGCUGGAAGAGAGUAGGUGAGUUGUGUUUAGUCUCUUUGCUAAAGAAAUUAGGCAAAGCUUUAAAGAUGUUUGGUGGCUAGUGCUGUGGCUAGGACCCAAUAUGUACUGUUGAUGAAGUUAGGUGCUGUUCUGAGCAUUAUUUGUGGCUAUAGAGUGGCGUUUUGGUUGAGGUUUGUUACACUGCUGUGUAUCGCUAUACUAUGGUUGUUACUAAAGUUGGUAUAACUAGAGAAGCAAGCAGUCGGCAACAUUCAUCCCUCAAGGGGGUGUCUAACUCGGUGUCACCAUGUGUUUGACCCUAAAUUAAUUUUAUGCCGGAAUAUCCCUUUAAGAAACAAGACUGACGUUGAAGUUGAGAUAUGACAAACAUCGUCGGAUCAUAAUCUUCACUUUGCUCAUUCGGAGGCAUGAAAGCUGAAUCUGCUCUGUGAUCAAAGUACAGCCAAUGAGUCUGCUUUGCUUCUCUUUAGGCACAGAUUGUUUUCCUUCACACAAUCAACGCCUGAUGAAACAGGCACCGGACAACAUUGCACUGACUACAAAUAGAAAGAAGAACAAAUGUGACAUAAGAAAUUGAGUCCCUCGCCCACAGAUUCUGUGUUUGUAUGCAGAAUCUGUUUGCGGAGAUCACACGUGUCAAGAUUGUAGAUUCAGCUGUGGGUGUAAAAAUCUGCUUUGAUUGACACGUGAGGGAUUUUUGUCGAAAACCCCAGAAUAAGUUUAAGUGAAAUUCUGCACAGUGGCUGCAUAAACUUAAGAAACUACUAAAUUCUUGACACACAAUAUGGCAGGAUUCAGACUCUUAACUUUAAGAGUCUGUUAAACAAUAAAACUAAGUCUCUGGUUUGCAUAUUUUUACAUUCAGCGUUCAACAUCCUUCAUGCCGCAGUGGGAACAACUUGUUUGGGUGAAUGUAGAUGGACAUAAUUUCUGUAAUGUCCUUCAGCACUGACUCUUUAUUCUCUCCACACACAACCAUACGCACACACACAUACUCAAACACACAUACAUUUUGCUCAGAGGGAGCACAGAUUCAGGCAUUAUUUCUGCCUCACUGCUACACAAACAGGCCUGCAGAAGCCUGGGGACAGUUCACCAUUGGUGUGGGUACACAAAUACACUCGGAUAGACACAUACACACACAUUCACCCGGGCACAUGUGCGUCACCCUCCCCGCAGGCCAGGAGGCAUGUGGAAGUCACUCGGGGAUGCCAGCACAUAUGUGUCACUUUGUCCUUUAUUUUUUGAAACGUAUAACACAGAGGCCCUUGGGUCGAGUCCAUGUGAAAAUGUGUCUAAUAUCUGUACAAGUUCAAGUAAAACUGAAGGUUAGUGACUCCUUUCAAAUGAAAUCAAUCCUUUCUUGGCGUCUUUAGCUGUUUACACAACAAAACUGUCAUGAAUCAUGUGCUCCAUUUAUGUUGGCCUCCAUGUUUUCCACCAGUUGUAAAAGCGUCGGAGACUUGUUGACCUUUAGCAAAGGAAUUGCAGGAUUAAACAGCAUUUGGAGACAAUUUCAAGUUUAAAUCUUUGUUGGCUGUUGUUAUCAAAAUUCAUCAAAUACUACUGGUGUCAUAGCACCUUUCUCCCUGUUGCGCAAGUUAUUACCCGACUCAGGAUGUAAACGAAAGACCCUCCUCCCUAUGGGCAGUUUUCAUGUUCAUCAUUUAACUGAUCUCCUGUUUCCUUUUCUUGAUUUCUGCCACCAUCUUUCCAGUGGGGCCGCCACAAGGGACAAUGAUGUGGGAUCUAACUCUUCUUUAUACAGGAGAGCUGGAGAAGAUAGGCAGGGUGCUGUUGCCCAUUCACAUCCCCCCCUAACACACCUAUUAGAGACCUGAACCCUCUUGAGUGAACUUUUUUGUUGUUAGCUCAUGUGCUUGCGUGACUGUGAGGGUCCUCUGACUAAACGUGUUUCAAUGAUUUGUUAACUUGACUUGUUUUUUUAGAAAGACCAAAGCCUGUAGCAACUUUCAUCUGUCUCGUCUCUCCUCCUUUUGAUUAUUUGGUAACUAAUGCUGCGUUCCUAAUGCUGCCGACUUGGAAGUCGUAAUUUCUGAGCUCCAAGUCAGAAAUUCAUCUGGAACGCACCCCUGAAGUCGGAUUUCUGACUCAGAAAGUCAGAUGAUCCUCCCCAACCCUGACUUGACGACAAUGCCAUAAUCCAAGAUGGCAGCGCAGUGCAUCAACAGUAAAGAGUAACAGUGAAAGCUCUCGUAAUGUAUUAUUUAUUAGCACUUCUGUUUUGUUUUUGUGAAAUUAAAUAAGUGGUAUAUGUUGUACUGCCCAACGUCUAACCGCGAACACGGUGCUAUGGCGUUUAUAAGAGUAAAAUACUGUGUUAUAUGUUGUUUACAACUGGUAUAGCUAACAACACCUGACAACAGCUAACAACAGCUAACAACAGCUGACAAACACUAACAACAGCUAACAACAGCUAACAACAGCUGACAAACACUAACAACAGCGGAAAACAGCUAACGACAGCUGACAAUUGUAAACAACAGCUAGCAACGGCGAACUGUAGGUGUCCAUCUUGGUUUUCCGAUUUGUUUACUGAAAUGCCGUCAACUCAGGUGAAACAUCAUUCCCAGCUCCGACAUCUGACUACCUAGGUAACUGGAACGCAGCAUUGUUUUACUGCUAACCGCUGUAUCGGCCCUAUUACAGGGAACCACUUCUUGUCUUUUAAAGUGCUGGCAGGUGAGAACUUUUUGAAGAUGAUCAGAAAUGUCUUGUUGAUAAAGCUUUUCUGGGAUAAAACAUGGUUUCCAGUCAUGAUGGAGCUGUGUUGUUAAGCUCCUCAUUGAGACAUCUAUAAGGCUAUAACUCUGGCUUAUUUUAACAGAAGACCGGGUCCCCAUCAGUCCUCUGAAGAUGCUCUUCCACUCAUCAGGUUUGAAAUUUCUCGUGUUCAGAGUCUCUUUUUGUCAUGAAUCUGUGAGAAAUGCAUCGAGGUUCAACUUGGAUAACUAACUCUUGCUGGAGGUUGAGUUGCCUUUAAAUGUAACUGACCGACUCCUAAUGCAACACGACAUGUUUGGGACAGUGUUAAAUACAAACAAAUGUGCUAUAUUGUGAGUACAUGGGUGUUUGGUCUUUGAAUUGCAUACCAUCUCAUCUUGUAUAAUUCCUACUACAUGGGCCUAAAAAGUGUACAGUUCAUACACUUACACGUCUAAUUAACUCUUCCCUCGUCGGCCUGUCAGCAGCACUCUUAGCCGGCCCUGGGUUAAUUUGCUGUCAGCUGCUUCUUCAUGUGUGGAUUUUUACCAUGAAGCUGCUUUGACAUCUUUAUCUCCUCUUUACCCUUUCCCACCAAAGUCUAUGUUCCUCAUUCUGGUUUCACUCCCUUCCUCUUCUCGUUUCAUCCUUGUUUCACACUUUCAGGCUCUCUCAACAUGACCUGAGCCGUUGACUUUGCCUCACUCUUCUCCCUCCCCUCCUCCUCUAUCUAUUUCUCCCCCUCCUUUAACCAUUGAGUCAUGAAUUUAUUAUGUGAAUCAAAAUAGAGCAAUGACUCUUUGUCUUCGUCCCUGCAUGUCAUUGGUCUAGAAUGAAUAAUUCAGCCACCAUGGUUGAAGUUAGGAUCAGUGAGAAAUAGAGAAUUAUUUUGGAGCUGCCACCAUUCAGGCUAUUUUAGAAACGGCGAGCUGUCAGCGUAUUUCCUGCAGCGCUCACUCUUUCUUCUGUCUUCUUACCCGUACUCAUUCCUCCCACCAGCUUACAUGCAGAUAGAACUGACUCUUCCCUGUCUUCCCCGUCCUUGAGAAUGAUGCAGAAAAACAGAUAAAACAGGACUGAUGAUGGCACUUUUAUUCCUUUGCAUCCUCAUUUGCUUGUGUUGUGCAAAUUUGUUGUAACUUUUCUUGGCUGUUUUUUUAUAGGUUUGUUGCAUCUUCCAGCAACGUUUUUGAAGGUUGUUUUUGAGCAAAUAAGCAGUGGAUGCGCUUUUGAAGAAACCUACUAAACGGCUUUGUUGAUGAAACAUACAACCCACAUCUAAUUGCAACAGCUUUCUCCUUCAAAGGCUGCCAUUGAUCCCGUCUUAGAGAGAUCUAAAAGUCCCCAGUUUGCAUAUAUAUGAUACUAUAUGAGAGGAAACCAUAGGGGAGAAGGAUAAAGUACUUAAAUCUGCAAAUCAAAUGGUCUGUUUGGGAUGCAAAGUGGUGCAGCAACUGAACCAAAGCAGACGAUUUGAAAUGGUCCAACCAUUAAAACGGUCAACCACUUACAUCCUCAGAUGGACAAAAACACAGACACACAACUCCUGGGAUAUUUACAAAGUCAAUCAUGUGGUGAUUUGGGAUGCAAAAUGCUGCAUACCGUCUCAAAAUGCUGCAACCCUUUAGGUGGGUGGCACGUAAGAGGACAACCUCCUGUACGCCCACAAAUGAUCUUGACAUGAACAAACACAAAGAUCCAUGAAUAUAUAUAUAAUGUUAAUAGUGGUUACAUGUAGGGAUACUCCAAUGAUCCCACUUUUUUAAGACUAAAUACCUGGAGUUAAUAUCAGUAGAUACUGAUCUGUUUUGAUCCAACACCAGUAUUAAAGCCACAUUGAGGAGUUUUUUCACAUUAAUCAAAGUGACAGAGAUUCAUAUUUAUUCUUUUUUUAUGCCAUCCACAAGCAAAUAAGAUCAUCAGUGACAAAAUUGAGGAUUUCUAAUUUCAGAUUUUCAGAUAUUCACAUAGAAUAUUCACGAAUAAUGAUAAAUUUCAUGAUAAACAGUCAGGAAGAUAAGAUUGUUUUUGUCAAAAAUCUACAUGGGCAAGGAAAGCAGAGACCAUGUUGUUCAUAGGGGGCGCCAAUGUUGACACAGACCAAAAUUCCUUACAGAAGCUUUAAAUUAACUGCCUCAUCUCUUUUCCUUAAUUUUAGUCUGAAUUAAGUCACUGCUGUGUGAUAAGUGAACGUUUUAAUACUGCAUUGUGUGGCAUGUAACAUGUGUCCAACAGUGAUUUGUUAAACUCAGGAGUGACAAUAAGCAGACGUAUCUGUGGUCAAGCUUGUCACUGAAAUAUCUUAUAUGUUUUCACAAAUUCUUGAAGGCAGAGGGGUGUCAGAAUGAUAUUAAUGUGGUGGUAACCUGUGCCUGAGAUUCAUUUGAGCAAAGCAGGAUUAUCACCACAAUCCUGUCCUGUACACACAUAGACAAAAACACACACACACACAAACCUGACCUGUGCAUAAGGUCAGUCAUUUGGUUAUUUGGGAUGCAAAAUGGUGCAGUGGCUGACCCACAUUAGAUUAUGUCAUAACCUCACAAACACGUGGCAAAGGGGCAGUGAGCGGUCAACCACCUGCACACACAUACAUGAUCUACACACAGACACACAUGCUUUGCUCACACAAAAGGUCAAUCACGGGGUGGGAUUUGCACACAGAGUCGCAGAUACACACUAGGAUGAUUAUUCUCAGCCUCCUGGGGCAGCAUUGAAACUUUCCAGCCAUGACCUCGCUAAGAGGGGAAGAGGGAGAAGGAUGAGAUGUGCAGUAGAGGGAGUGAAAAUGAGCGAUGGAAAGAGUCCUUGAAUUUUAACCAGAUGCACCCUGGGGAGAACCCCCAUCAAGUGUCUUCAAUGCCAGAGUCCCCCAGCUUCCUCCAGAAGCUUAAGGACUCUGAAUGCUCAAAUAUCUUCUAGGGAAACUCGUCUGUUUUCUGUCAUUUCACAGCAGCAAUUUUCGGGAAUGAAAUCAUUUGAAGAAUCAGGAGCAGAGGGUUUUAGUACUGGAUAAUGACAUUUGUCCAGAGGCAGCAAAUUCCUCCUGAGAAGGAGAUGUACCAGAGGAUAAAUGCCACAAUCAGUUAUCUGCAAUGUGAUCAGGGUUCUACCUUAAUCAUCCCUGUGGUGAUUUGGGUUUAAAUGGAAGUGUCCUGUAAUGUGGGCUUCAUUCUUAAGGUUUUGGCUGCCUCUGUCUCCAACUACAUUCCAAGAUAAGGGCUGCUGAACGAUGAAAAAUAACUAUAUUGCAGAUUGUGUGUUAUAGGUAUUAAAAUUUGACAAAAUACAGAGAUUAACAAAAUAUAAAUGCAGAGUAUUUAAAGUGCUUUUAAAAUGUUUUUAAAUAUAACAACACAAUAUACUGUUUAUAAUCAUAAUCUUUAAAUGUAAUUUGUGUUAUCAAACUUAACCCUAUCAAUUUUAUAAAAUCCAGUCACUGUGAUUCCUUUAGUGCCCCUAUAAUUACUAAGCACCUAGUAGUGGGCAGGACAGCACUGUCUUAGACCACGUUUACACAUGCCCAGCUAUUUUCAUAAACAGACAUUUCACCCUCUCUGUUUAAAAAAAAAAACUGCAUGCACACCACUUCGUUUUUAGAAAAGUUUUCAUUUAAAUUAACCCAUAUGCCAUCAAGAGCAUAUCAAACACGUGGGUGGCAGUGUAGCGAGAAGCUCAAGCCCACGUUAGCCAAUCAGAAUCCCACUGCGCAGAUUACCCAAAUCUCUGUUUUUCUGCGUUUAUGUGCAAACGUCCAAAAAGAGAUUUUAAAAAGCAUUGUUUUCAGGGGUGAAUUCUCCGUUUGCUACUUAACGAAGGGUGCAAACGAUGGUUAAUGUCUACCUUUUUAAAAAAAUAACUGGGUAUGUACUGGCAUGUUAUGAUUGCAUAUGCUCACAUAGUAACUGUGAUGUUCAAACAGUACAUUUUCUGCCCUUUCAAGGUUUUGUAGGAACUGUGUGAACGCAGGCUUUUCUUCAGAUCUCAACAAGUAGAUUUUUCUGAAUACAGUCAGUCCUGCACUCAAGAGCGCCGACUCAUCCCCGACCUUCAAAACCUUUAGAAGUCGACAAUAAAUUUCAUUAGUAGCUGUUGUAAAACUUUUGAUCAUAUCAGAUGAUCUUCAAAUACAUUGCUGACCUUUAAAAAGUUUUUUUUCCUCUGUAUUGUACUUUGUUCUCAAUUGCAUUAGUGACCUUUGGUUCAUUUUUUUAAACCAACUGGGAUGAUAAAUCUAAUACUUCCAGGAUAACUGAAACUCUUUUGACUUUAUGUCCAUUUCUGCGAUCCUUCUUCUUCAACACAGCUUUUUAAAAUUGAAUAAGUGCUAUCAACUUUUCAUUUCUUACUGUUUUCUCUUCAAAGUAAAUUUAGUUUACCAGGGGGUGCAUCGCAGGAUUCUGUCUCAUAGUUUUUCCACAUUGACCUGAAAGUGGUGUGGAUGUAUGCCAACAGGCAAAUAGAGGCUUUCACAUUGUUUUGUCUCAGAGUUCUCACUGGUGGUCAAUAAACCAAAUCUGCACUCUCCUGAAAUCCUAGAAUCUAAAGCUCUUUGUUUCUAGCCUCCCAUCCUCUUUUUUUUUUAUCAUUUACCUUCUUUUCACUCCCCCAGCAUCCACUAUUUGUUCAACAGCUUUGAUGACCUUUCAAGGAACUCCCUCCUCCUCUAUGAUCCCUCCUGUCCUCCUCCUCCUCCUCCUCGUCCUCCUCUUGGUGACCUGGUUUUUUUUUAUCACCUUGCUCUGCGGUGUUUACAAAGGCUUCACAACCACAUGUUUGUACACAUACAGCUGCGUAUCUGUGUUUGUGAGCGUAUAGGCGGGGUUGUUUAUCGUCCUCUGGGAUCUCUGCUGAGAGAAGCAUCCAGGAAGUGUAAUGUCCUGUGAAGCACCAUCGUCUUACACAAGCACAUAUGCUGUGUUGAUGUUGUACAACCACAAGCUGAAUGCUGUUUCAGGGCUGCGAGAUUGUCGCCUUUGUCUUCUCAGUACAAAGGAAUAGUCCCUCUCCUCCUCAUCCCCGGCGUUCUUUUAUUCUUCGUCCCAAUCCUUGUCACUCUCCACUCCCCUCCACACAUCAACCAUUCCUUCACCUCUUUUUCUCCGCACCCCCCUCUCUUUAUCCCCACAUCUGAAACAGUAGCGACAUCUCCCAUUGGCUGCCCCAUCAGAAUCAGAGAAACAGGCAGCCAAUGAGCUUUUGGGCUAACAGGGUCACUAUUAUCCAUGAAGCACUGCAAUUACUGAGCUGUCUACAUCCCUGCCAUGUAUGCAUAUGCAAUGUUCCCCCCUGUCCUUGUACUCAUACAGCACAUUUCCAUAGUACAUGAAAAUCCUUCCAUGGUGUAUGGUUUAUUCACAACAGCUAAAGGUCGUUUUCGAUGCUGGAGGGCGAUUUGAUGUCAAGUCAUUCAACAAAACAGGUAUCUUUUCUGCAUUUUUGACAAGAUGCCACCGUCAAAAAUAUAAUGAAAAACUGUGCCAGAGUCUGGGUGCAAUAGGUUUAUGCAUUCAGGUCAAAAAUAUGGAUAUAUAUUCAUCGUAAAUUCUCCCAAUGUGAAUCAUGUGAGGCAUGUGAAUGCUGCUCUUCAAAGGCCGGGAAAGGAAAGCUGUCACGCUCCUCCCAUCCCCCCUCUCCGUUCUCCCUCUAACUCAUUCCUUUUCUCCAUGUUUACUUGCCUCGCAGAUAGUUAUAUAUUUGUGCCACAUACCAGUCAUUCAGCCAGGCUGCAUUUGAGCAGUGCAAAUGACACAAGUUUUCCUCUUCUCUUCAGAGGACUGAUGUGGCCUUUUCACUCAGUGAAAUGCCACUGAUGCCUUGUGUAAGGAGAAUAUCUAAAAUAAAAAAAUGUUAAGCUUCAGAUUAUCUCGCCACGUGUCUUUGAGCAACAUCAGUUUGUAGUCUUCUCUUCUGGCAUCUGACUGAGCGUCAGGCCUAAUUUGCAUCAUUAGAUUCCCUCAUCUGUGGAACGGCUUUGACCUUCCUCCAUCAUUAGUGACAGAGAGACAGAGCGUCCUCACCACCACUCGCCAUCCUCUUUCAUCUUUUUAACUCUUCUCCUGUCCAUCAUCUCUUCCCCCGAUACCUGAAACAUCCACCCUUCUCAUUGUGGUCAUUUCACUCCGCUCCACACUUAUCUGUUUCAAUCUCCAUUCAGGUUCUUUUCAUCACACCUCCACCUGCAUCGGUUAUGCACUGAGGAGGCAUCGUCUUUCUAUGGUCUUAAAUUCCCUGUUUGGCACUCACCUAUCUAACGAACUGGAGAAUGGAAUUAAUUUCUUUUUUUCUUAGUACCCAGGGGAUACAAACACACUCUCCUCUCCUCUCCUCUCCUUUCCUCGUGCACAAACACACAUGCUGGUUGAGUAAAGGGGCUGUUGCCUUUCAGGUGAGACGUCUUCAGGGACAUGUUUUUCUUCACAGCAUUCACUUGUCUGUCAUCACAAUAUGCAGCCGCUCCUUCAGCACCAAAAAGACGUGAUUUCACUUCUCGAUGGCCAACCUUUGGGGAGAACCCCCCACCGUUCUGUUAUCAGGAAACUCAUUACCCUUUGGACAGGAAAUGACACUAGAAAUGAACCCCCUUCACAUCCCGUCUUGAGCCCAGCAAUCUGAGCUGUGAUGACUGAGUCUCCUGUUUGCAUGAGGCCUCAUUUACCAUGACCCAGAAAGUGCUGUACAUGUGAGCAUAAGACGGGUGAAUAAACUGUGAGUGUUUAAGAAAUGCAAGGAAAUACCACCGAAUCAAGCUUGUGGCGAUGACCAAGCCUUUUAAAGCAUGUGUGAGAUAAUUAAUGAGUCAUUUCAAUCCAUGCCAGUAAUAAGGCCACACAUCCCCAAAGGGCGAGACUAAUUCAAGACUGUUCAGUCACUUGUCAGAGUGUGUGUCACUCAAAGUGAUUGGUGUCCAGUGAUUGUGUGAAUUUCUUUUUUAUCUCAGAGUCCGGUCAAGUUUGAUUAAGAUUUUUUUAUCUCCCUGCUAUUCUGAUCUCUUUCCCUCGGGCUUGCACUUUUGCUAAUAGUAUAGUAAUGUUUGCACUCGCUGGUUAAUUACACCCCAGGGUAAACAAUUGCUUUUCUUAAUGCUUUUUCUCAAUACAUUUAUAAAAAGCCGUGUAAACACGGGCUUAUAGGCACAAUUUGUGCAGCUUUAUGCAGCUUCAGUGCUGCACGGAGCAGACUUAAUGGCUCAUAAGUCUUCUAUCUGCCUACCGGCUGGCGGGUGUCCAAGCCUCUGAUCUACAUACAGGGCUCUUCGUUGCUCUUGGAAAAAACAUCAUUGUGGCACAUACAACACUGCCUCACACUGACGAGCAUUUACACCAAGGCAAGUCUAGUCUGGUCUGAACCCCCUAAAAAAUGGGACUUCUUCACAUUUUUCAGUGUGACAGGGACCGAGUCAGGUUAAGUCCGCUAUUAAUGCAUAUUGUUAUCGCGCUGAACAGGAACAGACUACACAAUGUAGAUGUUUAGGGUUCAACUCUAUAAGCAGGAAAAUGCUAUUGUUUCUAGAAACAUUGUUGCCCACGGCUCACUCAUGAGCAGAAGUUGAAAACACUUCGAGCUCAGCCUCUUCUUUGGGUGGUCAGACGCCAGGGUCUUUAAGCAAAAAUGUCACCCUCCUUUUUUAAUCUAUUCACUUAUUUCUAUCUAUAUACUACUAAUACUUCUUAAGCUAUUUUAGAUAAAAGAACUCCAAAACUCUGCACAUCAUUUGAAGGGGAAUAUGAAAGUUGCCACAGAGUUGAACAAAAAUUCUUUUUAGAUUUUUUCUCUUAUUAUUCCUCAAAUGUCUUCAGAAAAUAAAGGAGAUAUGUGAGUUAUUUUUCUCCCUCUUUAUACCAAAAAGCAUAUGUAUGGUAGAUUACUAUCAUAUGAUACUUUUUUAUUUCCUGUACUAUUUAUUUUUUCAUAUAUAGAAAUAUGUGGCUAAUGCAAACUUUAUUAACUUACUUACUAAUAUGACAAUUAAUAUUACUAAUAUCGCUAACUAUCGCUAAUAUUAUUACUUACUUUCAUCCUGGCAGACUUAAAGACAGUUUGACAGGAAGUUCAUAUAACAUACAUAUAUAUCACAGUAUUCACAAGUAUACAUCCAUAUAUUGUAUGACUCAAGGAUAAAAAUAUAAAAAGAGCACAGGUACUAGAAAACUUAAUGACCUAUCCAAGGGUUGUACUUUCCCCCAUUAUAUCUGAAGGUCCAAACCAUCUCUAGAAAUAUUUAUAGAUUAGACACUCUUCCACAGUAGUCUGUCCUUUCUAUUAUGAAAAAAAGUACUUGAACAACAUGUACAACUACCCAUGAUGUUCCCUCAGGCUUCAAAGUGGUAUAAAAAGUGUCCUCGGGUUAAUAACAAUAAAAGGUACGGACUCAGGCUGCAUGGUGUUAGAAAAAAAACAAUAUAGAAAUAUAUAUUUUUUCAUUUUCUCAAUCCAGAGUAUAUAUGUACUCACAAACAAAUACACUUUUAAGUAAACUAAAAAUAACAUCAAGUUUCUGGACUUCACAACUAACAUUUAAAGCUGGAGCCAAAAAUGAAGACACUCUAUAGGACAUGUCCUUCAGCAUCUUUAAAAGUACUUGUAUGUCUGCUUUGUGUAUUUCUACUUUUUGUGUGAGUCACCUGUAUGUGACAAAAACCAGAAUAUGUCCAGAUUUGACAGACCUAACAAGGUCAGCUUUUAUGUGUAGGUGACUUUUUUGACCUGUUCCCUGUUUUAGCUCUGGCGUUUAAAGAUGUCUGCCAAAAUGACAACAGUGCCCUAGAUUUAAGACAACACAGUGACCUUUGACCCUCCGGACCACAUGACUUUAUUAAAAGCUAGAGGGGAGAGUGUGAUUUUAAAUGGUGGAAAUAAUGUUGUGUUUGUUUGGGUGUGUAUUACGAUGGCUGAGUCUGAGAGAGUGGACUUUACACCUGAGAGGAGACCAUAUGGUUGCAGGCAAGGUUACUGAUCUAAUAAGCUUGGUGCCUGGGCUGCCCUCCGUUGUUUGCUUACUACACUGAGCUGUGUGCAUCUCCUUGUGUGUGUGAGGGUGUGUGUUCCUGAGUGUCUCCUCAAGCGUCUGUGCCAUCGGUGUGUGUAGCCAUGCGCUCAGGUUUGAGCCAGAGAAAAGCAGGUCAUAACACUGCAGGGGUGUCAAAAAUCAUCAGAGAAGGUCCCACUAAUUAAAUGUGCCAGACCCUCCAGUUAAACACAAGAAUCAUUGUUGACUAAAUAGAGAUAAUGACAGAGAUUUUCUUUGUUCUCAAAAUGUUUCAUGUCUGACACAGAGUCACAACUAUUCUCUUUAAAAACCCGCUCCAAUGAAAAUGAUGUUUGUCUUGUUUUUUAUAUAUUCAGAUGGCAUUUUUCUGAUGCUACAGGACAUAUCAUGAGAAAACUAAAUGCAAAAUUGCUUUUCUGAGUAUUUCUUCAUUCAAAAUCGCUGUGAACCUCUGGUAGACCCAAACGGCAGGUUCGGAAACAGUGAGAUUUCCUAUGCAACCAACCCAAGCCCCGCUAUACAGGCCACACUCUGCAUAUAGAGGAGAAAUACAGAGGAUGGUCACGGAACAAGCGUGUGCGUUAACAGAUUGCAAUGCACGUAAGACAGCUAAAUAUGAUACUUGCUUUCAUCGUGUCCCAAAAGACAUGUGUCCAAGAACUGAAUAGCUCCUAUGUUACCUGCCACUUCUACUACACUGGCAAUGUUAGGCUACAAGCUAACGUAAAGAGAAGUGUGCAGAGCAGCGCUGUCUCCGCCCACGACUCAGAGGUGAAUUGCUAAUGAUCCACUAAGGCUCUGCAGAAGAAAAGCCCUUGAAAAUGACACAGGUAACGUAAUUUUUGGUAAAAACGUAAUAAUCACAAUUUAAAGAUAAAUGAUAACACUUUAAGUAGUAAAAAAAAAAAACAUUGGAGUGGGACUUUAAUACUUAAAACUGUCCUUGUUAGAUGGACAGGUUACACUUGGAUGUCUAUUACAAACUGAAUAUCUAACCAAUAAUCAAAAAUACACACCAAGUCACGCCCACAUAAGUAGUAACAAAGUUUUUCACACUCCUCUACAUACCUGUAAGCUUGCUUGCUUUCUAACUUCAUACCACAUCGCUUUGCAAUCGUAUGCCAACCUUGACUACACAUCUAUGAUGAAGAUGACAACUUUAUGUUGACAGAGUUGUAAGUUUUCUUAGUUAGUUUGUAAUGUUAGACCUGAUUUAGUUGGAGUAAAAAUAAAAUAAGUUAAUGAUCUUUAAACUUACUGUGAGAAUUGUUUCAAUACAGAGAACAGGAGGUUUUUGCCAAAACUGCAAAGCUCGUUAUAAAUUAUCAUACUGAACAUACAGCUGAUUAAAAACUCAUUAUGAUGGUUUAUAAAGUUAAUAAUAAUUAUUUCAACUGAAAGCCUGUGAUUGCAUCAUUUUAGUUUUCAUGUUAUGAAAAGUGCAAGGCUAUAGAGGCUAAUUAGCUGUAAAACUCCAGAUACUGAGUUCUUUGAUUUUGGAUCAGAUUCAUGAGACUGAAUUGAAGUUGUUUUUUUAUAUAAGGCAUUGGGGACAUACUUUAAGCAAAAUAACACCCUAUAAGCCAAACUCAAAGACACUUAAAAUGACUAAAAAAGGCUAGAGCUGGUCCUGUCGUCAGUAUCGACUGACUGCUUUCUCCUCUCCUGUUGUUUACGUGCAUUUGUAUGUGCUUUAUAAUGUUGAAAUAUGAAAUUAAUUUGAUAAUUUUGGCUCUGUUUGCGAUCAUAAGCGUGCUUGCUCUAUAUGGGUCCUUGAUAUAAGAAAAACACAGACAGGAAACAAAUAGGGCGCAACAGAACUUCAGAUACAGCCAUAGAUGUUUGUUUUUUGAGAGGAACAAACAACGCUUGAAGUGGCUCAUUGGAUGCUGCAGAGCUUUGUUUCUGUUUUCCUCUUUAAUCCCACCAUCCCUUUGUGUAUUUUUGAUCAUGACUGUCACACUCAGGGCUCUCCCCAGCUGUCAGUUUACACCUAAAAAGAAGAGAGGAAACAGUGACAGAGGGAGAAGGGAGAUGGAAAGUGUGCUCUGAGGAUCCCAGUUAAACCCACCUCAAGUCCGAUGAGAAUCCACACCAAAGCUGCGUACGCUGAAACUCUUCACCACUAGUUUUAUAAUGAUGAACACUCUCCUCCGACUUUUCCUCCUUCAACUAGUCAUGUGACUUACUGACCUAACAAAAUCAACUGAGCACAUAAUAGGUGUUGUGUUGUUUUGACGGGUUGAUGCCUUAGAAACAGGCUUCUUUUUUUUCCCAAGCUAGUUUGCAGCAAGAACUGAGAAAAUAAUAGCAGAAAAAACAGUGUACAGAUUCAGAGCCUUCAGAGGACUGAAACAUGCCCACACACACACACACACACACACACACACACACACACACACACACACACACAGUUCAUUGAUGUAUUUUCAUGGAUUUGAUGUCCUGGACUCUCGCUCAUUAUAACAGAGAGGAAAAUAACAAAGCCAGGACUGAGUGGGAGCAAAAUCUAACAAGAGAGGAAAAAAACUAAACGUAAAAGAUAUCAACUAUUGUAUAUUCCCCCAUAUGCGAAGUUCUCAAUGACACAUUUGAUUCAAUAUCUUUCCACUGCAGUACAUAAGAAAGAUGAGAGCAGCUGCAAACAGAGGACGGGAUUUCCAUCGCAUCCGGAAUAGCUCCAAUCUGGAACGGCGGUGAUUCUUGCCGUACACCACUUCCUACUGGAUCCAUUUGUGAGGCAAAUUUCGUGGUGGAUUACAGAUAGCAGGACUCGCGAAAACUCACAAGAACCCGUGGAUUCACAUGCAAAUGCGUGAUAACAAGUUGUCUUUAACCACAUAGGCUAACCAUAUAAGCAGUAGAUUGUUUCCUUCCAGAGGAGGAAUCUACUUCUAGGCUUAUGAAAUCAGCAUCCUCCCAUCCAUGGUGUCAUCGGGAUGAAAUGCUGUCUAUAACUUUUCACUUGUUCAUCUCCGCCCGUUUGCAUGGUGUGAAAUACGAUCCGUCUGAAACACGGAGUGUUUUAUUUUGAAAAGAAGCCGGAUGUUUUAUUUUGUGUCUGUGCCCGACUGCCUUUCCAGCACCGACUAAUCUGUGCUAAAAUUAAUCUGGCAUGCUCCAGCAUCUGAUGAAAAUAGAACUCUUCCGCUCAGCUGCGGGCUCAGCUAUCCAUAACGUAACGGAAAGAAGCUGGUGAAAAUUUACACAUUAACUUGAAUGGUUACGAUUGGCAGAUACGGCCUUUUCAUAGCCGUUCCGGAUGCAGUGGAAAUUGGGGGUAAGACUCAAACAUGUUUGACGCAGGUGAAACAGUCAGAAAAAGUUGAUUUCCAUUUCUUAAAAUUAUUUAAAUAGGACCUUAAGUAAUGCCACCGAGACACAUGCAUCAACUUUGCCUCAUGCACCAUUAACUGAAACAUUCAGUUCAAUGCUAAUUCGUCACUGCAGGAGGCAGAUAAGGAUCUGUAGCUGUGGAGGCACAACUGACCAUGAAAGCAGCAUCACCUCUCUUGGCUCACCACUUUAGGUUUCUCAUUUGUAUAACCACCUGCUCAACAUACAUUACACCUUAUUUAUUACCCCUACUUAGAAAAUUAAAGGAAUCAUUUUAAUCCACCCAUGUCACUCUGAGGAAUAAAAAAGCUUUUGUCAUCCUUUCAGGGCAGGAAUGUUAAGCAGGCAUUAUAUUACAUCGAUGUGUUAUUAAAUAGGUCUUUAAAAGUCUAAUAUUAAAUUCAAUCAACGCUGAAAAUCUCUGCAGACACCCUGAGAAUCGCUGUCAGCCUUAAGUCUUCCACGGUAGGACAGCGCAAUAAACCACUUUAAUAGCAAUAUGAUAUAUUGUGGAUGUUCAUUGAUGUAUUGCCUCCAUGUUUUAAAGAUUUAGUGCCUGAAAGUAAUCACUUUGAGUAACUUCUGCUACACUGAGUGAAACUGAUAGGGAACAAAGCUAUCAGUGUCAGGAGAUUUUGGACUCCCAGCUGAGCGCUGUACCCCUUACUGAGGUCUCAGUGUUGGGGAAGUUCAAAGUGAAAGUCUCUCUCUCUCUCUCUCUCUCUCUCUCUCUCUCUCUCACACACACACACACACACACACACACACACACACACACACACACACACACACACACAUUGAUAAAAUGACCUUUUGGACUCAUUUACCUUCUAAUCCACUUAACAUCGUUUACUUCCAGCACGUACAGCGACCUAGACAGCUCCUGUCUGGAUGUCGAGACAGAGAGUCUGUGCGUGUCUGCAUGUAUGUAUAUGUGGAAGGUUAGUAUACUGCGCAGCUGCUCCAACAUUACAUGAAUUUUCAGGAUGAUGAAAGUAAGUCGUUUUGGUGCAUGUGUUAUUUGUGGUGAAGUCAUUCCAGGACUUGCAGAGUUUCUUUCCUCCUUAAUGAACAAGCAGCACAUACUCUAUAUUUUUUGUCUUGUGGGGUUUUUAUCUUCGCUUGUUUUUAGCGUUUGUUGUGCUGUUGUUCCUCUGUGGCUGUCAGAAGUUGUUGUUUUUGUUGUUGCUCUGUGUAUCCUCUGCUGAUUUUCUUUUUCAGUGGGUUUUUGGGCAGACUUUGAAGCAGUUUAAAGAACUGAGGCUGGAGUUUGGCUUCCUUAACUUGUACAAGUGUUUUCUAACUAACUGGCAGCGUUAGCGGCAUCUCACUCUGCUCAACAUCCCCUCCGGAAAGAUGCAAAUGUACGAGUAUAAGCUCUGAGAAAUGUCUGAGCUGAGAUUUGUGGGGUAUUUUGGGGAUCACCUGGUUUGAAGGGAAGCAGUACAGUGAGAUGCUGCAUGAGUCAGAAAGUGUCUCUUUACAUCAUCCCUGUAUGAGGAGACAGUCAUCAGCUUGAGAGGAGAGGUGAUGCUUCAGGAUGAUAAAACGUGUGUGUGCGCACGUGUGUGUAUGUGUGCCUCUGUCUCUGCUGCUGACUCAGGUUGACAGGGGUGCAUGAGGGGAUUGAGACUGACAGUAUAGAUAUGUUACCUUGCAGCCUUAGCUUGUUUAUUCGGCUGUUUUGUGCUGUCUGUUUAUGUGUGUGUGUGUGUGUGUGUGUGUGUGUGUGUGCGUGUGUGUGUGUGUGUGUGUGUGUGUGUGUGUGUGUGUGUGUGUGUGUGUGUGUGUGUGUGUUUGCCAUCUCAGCCCAUGUUUCUUGAACUUGUAAGAAUUACCAUUAAAAAAAAAACUCUUUCAUUCGCUGUUGGAAGACUACACUAGAGUGAAAGUGAACCCUAACACACAUUUUGUUACCAGUCUGAGCGAAAAGCGUAACCUAUGAGAUCAUCAAACAGGAACUUGGUGGGAAAAGUUCUAAGCUUGUUACUUCUGUACUGCACCGAACAGUGGAGUCAAAGUUUCCUGGAAACUUCAAAACUGCUGCAACAAUACAUAAAACAACGGAGGGUAGUGAGGGUGAAUCUCAAGUCAUAUUAUGAAAAAGAAAACUUCAACCGGGGGCAUACACAUUGUCAGAAAAUGCAUAAAGAAUAAAUAAUUGAGGCAGUUUGAAACACAGCCCUUUGCUCACACAUUUAUAAACCUUUUCUCACCUUUUAGAUAAUGGACUUUACCUUAUGUACAAGUGCAGCCAAUAUCUCAGCUCGAAUGUAGAGAGAUGUGCUUUACACAGAAAAGGCCACUAUAAAGAAGGUAUGCAGUGAUUUCAGAUUAUGAUGAUAAAUCAAAUCAGUUUUUCAAUUUCCACAAUUAUUUAGCAUUUUCUAAUAGAGAGAGACCAAUUAAUCAGUUAAUUAAUUAUUGAACACAGUUAACUGAUUCACAAGGUCACUAUCACCACUUAUUGAAAAAGCAUUUUUCUCAUCAUCUAUUACCGAUGUAUCAAAUCUAAAACAGACACCGACUAGACCUUUAAUUCAAACUCUGUUAUGAUGUGUAGAAUAAUACAGUUUAGUGUUGACAGAAAUAUCAGCCAUUAUCUAAAAUCUUAUGUAUAACUCAAAAUCUUUGUCUUUCCAUUGAUUGAGUAAAAAUCCAUCUAAAACAUAUACUAAGGUAACCAUGUAUCUUAGAUUUUAAUGUAGAAGUGCUGGACAGAAAUCCAGAAGUCCUUGUGGCAAUUCUUGACUAAGACAAAUAUUAUUCAAUCCACAUUUAUUUGAUAUUGUGCUUCUUUGUGUUUAGUACAUUUUUUUCAUUUAUUGGAAUUGUUAAGUGAUUGUAAUUUGGUUGUUGGCCAUUAGUCGACUUUCUCCCUCAGAAUGGGUAAAGGAAUCAGGCUUUGACAAACUAUAAUUAGUCAAACACUGAUUUCCAAUAUUUAAAACCACAUAAACAUUCUUUAAACAAUUUAUUGUGCUGAUUAUUGCUCUCCUCAGAAACAGAAAUAACACAGCAAAACACUGAUACAAUGCAAAAUAAUAAAUAAAGAUAAUCAAAAAUCCCAUCUCUCUCUUUGGUUUUGAAACAUAGAAGAGAUACAUGCUGCUUACCUUUCUUUGAAGGACAAGUAUGGAUGCCACCUUUUACUUGUUUCUUACAAAACGCCACCGCUUGGCUCCCUCUGCUUUCCUUAAACUAAUGUAGCGUAAGCCUCCGUAUCUCCUGAUGAGCACAGCUGGUGCACUACAGGUGUCACCUUGUUUUUGUUCUGCGCAGGUUACAUCGAACAUAAUGUACCUGAGAGUGACAACAAAACAACAUUUAGUGUCACUCUGAGCCUUUUUAACUAGGAGGCUCUGUAUUUUAAAGCACAGUACAGAGCUGCAGCUCUACUUUAAAGUACUUACCCACUGAGCAGUAGAUGGCUAUUAGACGUCUAGUUUUUUAGACCUAAUUUCAACAGUCUAGAUUCUGUACAUUUUUAGACGGAAUUUAGACGUUGCACUUUAACCCAUUAUUCAAUAACUAUUUAUUUUAAAAAGCAACUGUGAGUUGCAUAACUGAUCUCCAAGUACCUAACCAAAAUAAUUAUGAUGGCCGUUGAGCAAUAUACAGUGUAGAUACAGCCCAGGUUACGACUUGGUCUAAACUUGGUCUAAAUUUAGACCUUAAAAAACUUUCAUUUUUAGACCUGUGGUAGCCUCAUCUCGGCUACAUUUAGACAUCUAUCAGACCUCUUUUAGACCAAAAAAUGCUUAGUUGGUAAAGUUGUAUCAUACACAUGAGGUGUUAAUGGCUGCUAGCAUAGCCAUCAUCAUCACCCACUGCACCAGAUGUGACUGGAAAUUACCCAUUCAAUGUGUACUGGGCAUGGCCGUCCCUGCGCAAAGCAUGCUGGGACCAGGCUAGCCGCUUUUUAACAGUUUUUCCCCCCUCAAACAGUAAAAUGAUUUUUGGUAAAUGUGGAGCAGUGAUUUGAAUAAAAAGACAAGUGACCAGCAGAGAUGAGGUGAUGGUGCAACUCCAGGUGAAUAUGACACUGUCAGUCUGUAACUUACAACUCUAAUGGGGCAUUCACACCAAGAGCAAGUAAAAUCAUCGACUCACUUAAAUCGUGCGAAUCUAGAUGCGUGAAUGAAUAGUAUUUACUCACUUCAUUUGCGCAUCAACGGUAAUUUCAAUGCUAUUCCCUACCAAUUCAACUAUUGGGGUCAAGUGAUAGACAAAGGUUUUUUAAAAAUUUACUAGGUAAUCUGACCUCCUCACUCACUUGCCUCAAGGCGAGCGCCUUUUUAUUCCGGUUUCUGUAAUUGAAAGAAAAUUGUCCAUUUUUAUACAUCACCCGGCAACCUUCGUGCUGAUUAGUUAUUGCAACCCUGAAUAUCCACUCAAGUUGAUACAUUUUCAGCUCACGCCCAAAUCACGUCUUUCGCACCGCCAGAGUUCUACGAGCGUCUAAUUGCAUCUUUGCAUUGACUUAACAUGUAAUUAUUCGUGCUAAUGGUUUUACUCGCACUUGGUUAAUGACAGUUAAUAUCAAGACAGUUAAUGUCACUGUGCUACACAGCUGCACUGAAACUGCACAUUGUAGACUUUGCUGAACACCAAGGCCGUCGUCACAUAGCGAAACAGUCUAAACCCCCUUCCAUCUAGAGGACCCCCAUGAACGGACUUCACCCUCUACUGGUGCUGUUUAUAUUCUAGUUUUCAUAGCGCAUACUGCAAAACACUGUUACCCCUUGCAUUUUGGAAACAAGCCCAUGUCUAACAAUUUACACACAUAUUUCAAAGCCUUUAUUUGGAACUUUUUGAUUUUGUGUAUUUUAGAGCUACUCAACAGCAGGAGUAACCAGUAUAUGAAUAACUUUAGAAAUCAAUUAAUCUUAUGGUCUUGUUCACUGUUGCAGGUCAAAGAAAGGCACAGUAUUACUUCAGUCUGUUUCUUUGACUCCCCUCUGGAGCUUUCCUUUUAAAAGUGUAAAUGAUACCAAUAACAAGUGAUGAUAUCACCCUACAGUCACAAGGAUGAAUGUGAGGUUAGAGAGCUCGUUGCAAUGGAUGUUUGUUUUCUACCUUGUUAAAUCAUCAUCUCUAUACCGUACAUGUCAUGUGUCAGUCCAAUGAAACACUACUGUGGCAUUCAAGUCAAAGUUUUGUGUUUUCGGCUCUAAUCAGUGAAAGGUCAAAGCAGGCAGCCUGUCAGUCUGGAUCAGUUCACACUCACUGCCUCAGUGACUCACAGCUCUGAGAGAAAGAGGAUGUUGCUACAGUAGGGUAACAUUGCACCAAAUGCUGUCAUGUAUAUCAUGUCUGUCUGAAGACCCAAAACAACUGCAGUGUCCUUCACAUUGUACGCUGCAGCGCUGUGAAAGAUGUCAGUUUGUUUUGAUUUCUUAGUGAACUCUGGGAGAUGCAGUUUUUAGCCAUCUGUCACUGGUGGGUGUUACUUAGACAAGUGAGCAGGACUUUGUGAAGGCUGGCAAAGUGUUUUGUGUUCAUUCAGCUAAUUCACUCUGUAUUCUCUCAGCCUAUUUCUCAUAUUUUAUCUUCAUGUUCCCACUCCAGGCAAUAUCCGCCUCUUCACUGAGGAAAACUGCUUCUUCCAUUUUUUGGUGCCUAAUUAUGUUGCGAUGACAAUUUUCCUUUGUUAUCAUCAAGCUUCUAUGUUUGGGAGGUUUUGUUCUGGCACCACUGAGACGACAGUGUGUGCAUUGUGCAUCCUGACUAAAACUUUGAUUAAAACAGACAAGUAAAAACUUGAUUUGCCUUGUAAGACUUACAAAAGAAACCUUCUUGGUUGACUUUGACAAGCUGAUUUUUUUGAUGAUGAUUAAUCUGGCCAAGCUGAGAAUGUCAAGUCUUGAAUUAAAUCAUAAAUCUCAGCGUUUUACUAAUUUAUCUCAGUUGUCUUCCCUCCUGUUCAAGAGAGCUGCUCAGCUGUACUCAGCACAUGGCAUGAGGCUUAAAAUUGAGUGACUAAGCACAGAUUUAAUUUUGGACUUAUAGCUACUUAGAGAUAGAGAGUACAAACUGUCAGCUUUAUUUUUGAAAGGCAAAAAUCUGUCUAGUUUGCAGCCUGGUUUGUUUGCAACAAUAAGUUUCUUAAAAGCUUCUUUAAUAAACUGCCAACUGCUCUUCACUGAUGCUAAAUCGUGCCUCUUUCAGAGGUUUUUGUCCAGUGUAUGUGUGCAUGUGACUGUGUAUGAGUGUCUGAGCAUGUGAGUAAGAGAAAAAGAACAAAAAAAGCAGACGCUGCCGGAUAACGAGGGAUGCAAGUGCUGCUCUGCUAGUCAAAUAUAAAGACAUAAAAAAGCUACGGCAAAGUGGAUGACCUAUUUACAGUCAGAGACACCGCUACAGAAAUACUGACCAGUCAAUGACCAAAGCCUCAUUUUCACAAACACAUUUUCUCAGCAACUGAUUUCAAACAGGCUAUCUCAAGUGUGUGAAUUGGGUUAAACAACCUGUGUUUGAGACAUCUGGCCCCAGAUUUCAGUGCUGUGCCUCUGAUAAUGUCUGAUAACGUAUGCAUGAUGAGAUGGGGAUGUUGUUCCCUAACAUCUGCUCAUCAGGUCAGUAUCAAAAAAUAAGUUAUUUUUAGCCCAUGGGCUGAUUUUCAUCCCAUUAUUCCCCUUUUUUUUCCUGGACAGCUGGCCUGUGGAAAAAACCGCCUCCUCUGCUGUCUGGAUGGGGUGUUGGUGCUGUUGCCUUAACAUCUGGUGGAUGUAAAUUUACAGCUUGUGAUUUGGUGUGUUGGCUGCCCAGGUGCAGAAACAAGCUGUUAGACUGACCCUGAGAUGUUUAAUAUUGAAUCACAAUACGGAAGUUGUCAGAUAGGCUGCUGUUAAAACCCCCAGCUGUCAGGAUAAGAGAAGGGGUAUCCUCAGUGUUCAUCAGGGGGGCUCUUACAAGCUCCCUGUGUUUGUUGAAGUGUGCAAGUGUGCACGUAUUUGUGUGUGUGUAAGGACCCUCGCCCGUCCUUGAGUCCAGCAGAGAGGACCUUGUCUGCCGCUAUGAUGUCAGCUCACUGAUUCAUGCUACGACUCUGCCGCUGACCCGUGGGAAGACUCUCAGGGGGGUAUGGAGGCAGGUUGCAUCCAUCACACUACACUAAGAUCCUGGCAGAUGUACACUGGCAAACCGCUGUCUUUAUACUUCCAUUAUAACAAGACCAAGAGUCUGAACUACUUGCUUUAGCUCAGGGAAUUUUAGUUUUGCUGACAUUUGCACAUUAUACAAACAAUAACCACAACUUUUAAUCAGUGGUGGUAGGUUUUCUUUAGUUUUACAGGUAUUCUUUGAGGACCAAGACUGUUCGUUAAUGGAAACAUGUCUAGUUUAGUUGCAAAGGUCUUUUGUUUUGAUAUCUCAACCUUGUUAGCAAACCCGCCACACUGGGGCCGCACCAAUUUGUCUUUGGUUGAGAACUUGGGAACACAAGGCAACUCAUGAUACGAUACGAUACGAUACGAUAUGAUAUAUGAUAUAAUACGAUAUGACACGAUAUGAUAAGAUACGAUAAGAUAAGAUAAGAUAUAUGAUAAGAUAUGAUAUGAUAUGAUACGAUAUGAUAUGAUAUGAUAUGAUACGAUACGAUAUGAUAUGAUAUAAUACGAUACAAUAUGAUAUGAUAUGAUACAAUAUGAUACAAUAUAUUAUAUGAUAUGUUACAAUAAGAUACGAUAUGAUAUGAUAUGAUAUGAUAUGUUAUGAUACAAUGUGAAAUGAUAUGAUACAAUAAGAUACGAUAUGAUAUGAUACGUUAUGAUACGAUAUGAUACAAUGUGAAAUGAUAUGAUAUAAUGUGAUAGGAUUUGAUAGGAUACAAUAUGACUUAACAUGAAUGUUAUGAUAUGAUAUGACCAUUAUGCAAAUGGCAGCUUAAACACGAAAUUACUUGAACAUCCAUUGUGAGCACAUGCGCAGUUGUAGUCAACCUGAUUCAAGUUGUCCACUACCCCUACUUACAUAACUCAACUGAGAUUUAAGAAAUUUGGUUAUGGCGACAAAGGAAAAGUCAGGUUAUUACACUGAAUAUUUACAACAACUUCCUGCCAAUCCAUUAGUAAAUGUUGAGAUAUGUCCCUGAAUAACAAGAUUUUAUGAUCUAAGCAAGAUAGAGGUCAAGGCUCAUCUUCUGGAGAAAGUGGAAAUGUAGCUGUGUAAUUUCCAAAGGCUGUCAAUGUAUGAAAAAAUGUUGUUCACAGUGGUCGAGAUGUGUCGCUGUGUAUUAGAAAGUGGUUAACUGUUAAACAGAAAGACCAACUGACCCAAAACCAUACAAGCAUGUCUGAAGAUCUAAUUUCAAGUGAGGAGGAGUGCCACAAACAUCCCCUCUCAGGUGGGGGAAAGCAGGUGCUAAUUUUGUUUGAUUUUGUCUCAUAAAUAGCCUGUUAUUCAGAACAUUUGUACCCUCAUGUUUGUUUUUCAGAUCUCUCUAUUUCUCUCCUGGGCUAUAGUCCACAGAGACACUGAGGUUUACUGCUGCGUUGUUGUGGUCAUGAUGAGUUGUUGCUGGUUGACAGUACAAGGCUUGGUUGCUGCUGAGAACUGGGUCAGUAUGUGCAGCAGUGUGCGUAGCAACCUCUCAGUGCUAGCGUUUUGUCUUCCAGUGAAAGGGAAAAUUGUGCCAGAUUUGAACCAGAUCCUUCACAUACGUGAUCUGUAAACAGACUUUUUUUUCCCGGCCUGUCAAGAAUGGUGGGACUUAUCCACCCUGGAGCUUAGUGGAUGAGACACACUUUCCGGGGGGUUUUACUGCAGCGUCGACUUUGUAUGUGUGAACGUGUAAAAAUAUAUAGUUGUUCCGCAUGUGUGUAAAAAAAUUUUCAGCCAUCUUUUAAAUUUAGCUCAAAUCCCUUCUCAUCCCGUUUGAUCCAACUGAUACCAAAGCACUGAAAGCGUCAGAUUUCAUUAAGCGCUCGAUGAUACUGUAAAAAUCCAACUUGUAAGAAUGAGACCUGCGGCAGAGCUUAGAGCAGAGGAGGGAGACGGCUAACAUUUGGCUUUUUAAUGGUUUGACGGGUUCUUUGAACGCUGCCCAUUCAGUUCAAACUUGCAUAUUUUUCAUGAACCUGCCUUCAUCCACUGACAACAUUAGAGUGCAUUUGAACAUUAUUUCCUCUGGUGAUGAUAAUAUAUUCUCUUUUAUAUUCAUCCCACCCCCCAGAAAAAUAAAAAAUAAAUAAACAAGUGCACAAUAAAGAGCCGAACAUCUUUGGUUGAUAGUGUGACUGUUACUUGUGAGUAGUAUACUCAGAUUAGAGCAACUCGUGUUUCCCAGACUCUCAAGCAGCAGUUUCAUUUGAAUAAGAAAGUAUUCCUUUUGAGUAAAUGGACACUGUUGGGUUCCAGAUCUAAUGCCAGGUGCUCUCUCACUGUCUCCGAGUUGAAAACAGCGUGUGGGAGAGAUGACAGUUUGCCUGAAGGAAUGGAUAAAGCAGGAGUGAUUCAUCUCAUCUUCGUGCUAGCAAAACGGUUUUAAUUCAUCUCCAGCGAAAUGCCACGUCCCACUCACACAUGCAUCAACACAUACCUGAUCAAACACAUAACAUGAGUCUUUCUCUUCACAUUUCAUAAGCACGGCAUGCGUGGCUCCCAGGCAUAUCGUGAUUGUCUGUCUGUUUAUGUGUGGUGAUAAUAAAUUCAUUGUUUUUGUCAAAGUGGAGCAGACGGUCUCGGUGCAGUAGGGAGAACUGAGGAGAUGCAACAUGCAUGAAUCUGGCUGGAACAAGAAGCUCUCCCCGUAAGACUCCCUGUGUCCCACUUCUCUCACUGAAACCAUAGAUGAAUUAGUGAAAAGACAAAUUAUCUUAAAUAUCUUACAAGGAGCCAUGUUCCUGUAAUGGGGUCUCGUCAGUUUUAUUUUAAUGCCGUGUCAUGAUAUGUCUCAAAUCUCCUCAGCUUUUAGGGUAAUAUUACUUAAACUGCAGGAAGCAUGGAUAAUUUACACCCAUGCAGAUGUAAUUUUCAUGAGUUUGGGAGAUUAGAGGAGAUGGCUCCAUCUUUCCUCUUCACAUCCUUUCUUUUUUGUGUCUUAUCUUCAUGUUCUUGUCUUUUUUUCUCUGCUCUCUCUCGGUUUCUUUCCUGUCCCUGUCUUCUCGCUGUCUCAUCUUGUAGGUGCAUGGUGCGCUGACCCUGCCUGUGACAGGCGAGGAGUCAGAGGACCAGGGCCAUGAUUGGCUCUCCUGGCCCUGGUGGGCGAGCCUUGGUGCCAUGCUUGAGGGUGUGGAGAUGGGUCCUGGGUGCUUCCCUGGUUGCAAUAAUUACCUUGACGCUACCAGGAAGUAGCCAGGCUUGUCCCCCAAGGUGCGAGUGUUCGGCUCAGCUGAGGUCAGUGUCGUGUCAGCGGAGGAGGCUCACUAACAUCCCAGAGGGCAUUCCCACCGAGACACAGCUUCUGGACCUCAGCAAGAAUCGGCUUCGCUGGGUUCAAGCAGGCGACCUGGCACCAUACCCACGCUUGGAGGAGGUGGAUCUCAGUGAGAACCUCAUCGCUACAUUAGAGCCCAAUGCCUUUGCCACCCUUCAGAGUCUUAAAGUGUUGAAGUUAAGGGGAAACCAGAUGAAGUUGGUGCCCAUGGGAGCCUUUGCCAAGCUUGGUAAUCUGACCAGUCUGGACCUCAGCGAGAACAAGAUGGUGAUUUUAUUGGAUUACACCUUCCAGGAUCUGAAGAGUCUGAAACAUUUGGAGGUGGGAGACAAUGACCUGGUUUACAUUUCCCACAAGGUAAGCUCUCCAGUAUCUAGCCUGAAUCAAAACUCUGUUAUUGAUAAGAAACUGGAUAAGAAAUUUAAUUUCUAAAAUUCUGCAUGAAAAUUUAAUAUCAAGAGGAUCACACUUCCACUCUGGGAGUGGGAUACAUCUUUUUUUCAAUUGAUGCAGAAAUGCCAAGCAGCUAUUUGCCAACCAUAGUACUUGUAGCACUGCCUGGUUUGGCACAGAAAAAUGAAACUCAACAUCUCUGAAAAAAAAUGAAAAUAAUAAGAUUGUUCAUUUUUCUGCCAAGACUUAGAUGAGAGAAUUGAUACCACUCAAAUGUCUGAAGACAGAAUAUCAAGUAUCCAGCCAGUAUGAGAAUAUUUAUUUAAUCUACAAAAGCCAAAGGACAAGAAGUGAUCGUUCGAGGCUUAUUGUGGAGUUAUGUAUGGGUCAGUUUCUUGGAUGGACACUAACUUUGCGAAGUAUCUUUUACUAAAUGGAGAAAGCUGUUUCCCUUCGUUACAGCCUUUAUGCCGAGUUAAAUUUAAGGCUGCAGAAUUUAGACUAAUAUUGAAAUAAUGAAGGAUAAUUGUGUGGAAACAAUGAAAGAUUGGUGCAAAACAGCAAUAAUAUAGAUAUUUCCUCAAGUAUCUUAAAAUGUGUCGAUGUUUGAGAGGAAAAGCCAGACUAUGAUGUUUAUGUAAAUCUCUUCUUGAUUUAAUCAUUGAAACCUUUUUUGCACCCCAGGCUUUUUCAGGGCUGGUGGGGCUUGAAGAUCUCACAAUAGAGCGGUGCAACCUGACAUCCAUCUCAGGUCAGACGCUGUCUUACCUCCGCAGCCUGGUUACUCUUCACCUGCGACACCUCAGCAUCACUGCCCUGGAGGACCAAAACUUCCGCAAGCUCUCCAACCUGCGAGGUCUGGAAAUUGAUCACUGGCCGUACCUGGAGUACAUCUCCCCCCUGAGUUUCCAAGGCCUGGACCUCCACUGGCUCUCCAUCACAAACACCAACAUCACCUCUGUCCCUUCCGCGUCUUUCAAGAAUAUGGUGCACCUCACCCACCUCAACCUUUCCUAUAAUCCCAUAAACACACUUGAGCCCUGGGCUUUCAAGGACCUGCUGAGGCUGAAGGAGCUCAUCAUGGUGAACACAGGGUUGGUUUCUGUGGAGCCCCAUGCACUCGGAGGCCUUCGACAGAUCAGGGUCCUGAACUUCUCCUCCAAUGACCUGCAGACUUUAGAAGAGGGCUCCUUCCACUCUGUCAACAGUCUGGAGACCCUCAGAGUGGACGGUAACCCCCUGAUGUGUGACUGCCGUCUGUUGUGGAUCCUGCAGAGACGCAAGACCCUCAACUUUGACGGCAGAGUGCCGGUGUGUGUGGGGCCGGUGGAGGUGCAGGGGGUCAGCCUCAGCGCCUUCACCGAUUCUGCACUCUUCGAUCACUUUACAUGCCAGAAACCUAAGAUACGCAACCGUAAGCUGCAGCAGGUAAUUAGCAUGAUUACACUGAAUUUCAUAGCUCAUGGAAAGUAAAGGUCUGUGGUUACAGGUCAGAUUUUUCAGCUAAUUGCUUUUACAAACACAAACAGUAUUGUCUAACAGUCCUUGAAUGUAUCAUCUGCCUGUUUUUGCUGACUCUUGCACUUUUCAGUCCAUGCACUCCUCUCCUCUACCUUCCACAGGUAGUCGCUCGUGAGGGCCAGCCGGUGAAUUUUCUGUGUCGAGCUGAAGGAGAACCUGCUCCUGCUAUUGUCUGGAUUUCCCCACAGCGCCGGCGGAUCACAGCGAAGAGCUCAGGGCGCAUUAUUGUUCUCCCUAGUGGUACCCUGGAGAUCCGCUACGCCCAGCUUACCGACAGCGGGACAUACAUCUGCAUCGCCAGCAACGCCGGAGGCAAUGACACGUACUUUGCCACGCUCACAGUGCGGGGCCAGCCACUCGAUCCUGCCUCAGCCUUCUUUCUCAACCGCUCACUAUACAGCGGCGAAUUCUUCAACGACACAAAUAUGAACAGCACACGAGUUUUCCUCAAGUUCACCUUGGACCUGACCACUAUCUUGGUCUCUACGGCAAUGGGUUGCAUCACCUUCCUGGGGGUGGUUCUCUUCUGUUUCCUGUUGUUGUUCGUGUGGAGCCGAGGUCGCGGCCAACGCAAGAACAACUUCACAGUGGAGUACUCUUUCCGGAAAUCUGAACCCGCCACCGGCAGCUCCUCGGGAGGGACCAGGAAGUUCAACAUGAAAAUGAUAUGAAACAACGCAGCCAGGGGUCCCUCGGGGGAGGCAUGAGCACGUCCCAAAAACGUGUUUGACACAUGCAAACACACACAGCCACUGACUCACAAAGAAGUUUCACAGCAUUAAUAUCAGUUCCUCUAUUUGGCUCUAUCUUAAAUUGGGCUCCCACAUCAAAAGUGAGGCCAUGGAACAGUUUUUGAUUUGUGAGAAAGCUUUAAUUGACCCUAAUCUCUCUUUUGGUUUAAUUCAGCAUGUCGUGGGAAGCAUGUUUGAGGGACACUGUAAAUUUGUCAUCCAAGCUUUAUAGAAAUAAAAGAAUUAAGAAUUCUCAAGGAUGAAUUCAUGGAAAUUAGCAUGAUUGAGCUCUUAAAUACUGUCAGACUAAUAUUUCUUUUCCCUUUUUAAGACAAGAAAUGGAAGUCUCUUUUACUUAGACAUAAUCUAAACUGUUUUCUAGCCAUCGUUCAUUUAUAGAAAUUGGAGAGAUGCUCUACAUUCGUGUGCAUGUUAUGGAUAAUGCACGUAAAAAUGCAUUUGAAAGUUAAGUUGUAAAUUAAAACCAUUUAAUAAAACAAGAUGUUCUGAAAAGAAGUUUGAAUAUGUUUUUCCAUAGAAUAGAUAUUGGUCAAUCUCAUUUAUUCUGACCAUGGCUGAACAAUGACGAUGGUUCUUAGUUAAAAUAAGCCAAAGCUCAGUGGAAGUAAAAUGUGAUCUGAUGGUUAAAUCGAACGAUAAGUGACUGAUUUGGAAAUUUGAAUUGAGUUACAAAGAGACCACAAAAAAACAAAUUCGGACUUUUCUUCUUUGUGAGAUUUUAAGAUGUAAGCUGUGUGAGUUUGGGAUGAGCACACCGACUGAGAGCUACUGUGGCUGCCCGUGGGCCGAAGGGCUUGGUUAGGAAGUCAAGCCCUCCGAACAUGGGCUGCCACAGUAACCAUAGCAACCAACACAAGGGAGAGCAAGGCUGGUGGCCACAGGAGGCUUGCUGGGUAGAGGGGGAAUGAGGGGGUGGGCAAUGUGACCUCUCCUUCCUUUCCUCUAUAUCAGAAGCCCCGUUCUUUCAUCAGCAGGAUGGGGUUGCGCUGCUAGCCUCCACCCUCAGUUCAUGCCCUCUCAUGUGUUGGUGGACGCCUGACCUUCCCAGUGCUGCCAGGGGGGAGCAGCCUGGAGGUUCGGGUCACACUCAGAGGCAGACAGAGGACACAGUGAGACCGCACACACAUCCUGCUCAUAACACACACACACACACACGCACAUAUACACAUGUAUGGCACCUUUUCUCAGGAAAAGUUAAACAGCAACCAUCAAGAACAAGUGUGAACACACGUGUUUGUUAAGAUAUAACAUUCCAGCAAUAGCAACUAUUUGUAGAGCCAUAAAGCUGAUGUUCAUUCUCUAAUAGAGAACUGAUGUAAAUGUCUGAGUGAUAAAAUGAAGCCAUAGUUUGUGUUGGUUGUUUUUUAUACUGUAGUGUGUGCAUGAAUCUGUUAUAUAAUAACAAUUAUUUCUACUGCCAUCGUACAAGCUGUCGUGAUGAUCAAAAGACCAUCUGCUGUCACUGGGCUUGCAUAAAGUUGCACCCAAAAACACACAUGCACACACACGAGGCAAAACCAAGUCUAUAACAUUCAGAUUUAUAGAAACACCAAAUCACAAAACACAAGAAUAAGGAUGGAAAUUGAUAAAGUACCACUACUAUAAUGCCCUCUCUCUGUUUCUGAGACAGUUGGUGUGCGAAUGUCUCUGCCCCCCUAGCCCAGUGCAUCCCCCCUCCUCAGCCUCACCUUUCCCCAAACACACCUACCCCCACUGGGUCCUCCUUUGGGAGGGGUCCCUGGCUGGAGAUCGAGGAAUCAAAUGUAAAUGAAGUCGUGUUAACCCUACCCACGCCAUGUGCAUCGUAUAGUGGAGAGUAGUACUGUGGUUUAAAAAAAACAAAAGUACUUUCUUUGAAGUGAUAUGUUGACUCUUGUUUGUCCUCCAUUUUAAUUUCCUCAGUUGUUGUUCUCUGUGACCUUUUGGCUGUUUACCGUUUUAAAUUUCUUCGUCCUCCGUGAGGGACUGUUCUGUUCUCAACACCUGAUAACAUUCCCAGACACUAGACAGCAGGUGAGCCUGUUCACACCUUACCUUGCAUACUGAAUUGAAACCAGGCGGAACAACGCUUUGACCAAGAAAUCAGACAUAAUCUCAGUGGUUUCUAAUUUUGUAUGUAGAUGACCUUUAGAUGGGUAAUUUGAUCAGAAUUAUUUAUUCAGGCCAUGAUCAUAUGGCACAGAACACACAAUACAAAUAACGUGGCCGUCAUUCAAGUAUUACUUUAACAAUGUAGGAGCUCUAAAUUCAAUGGUGGCCUGGUUGAAUUUGAGGUCAAUGAAUAGAACAUUUUGGAUCUCUCACUCAAACCUGGUUCAUCACAAACAGGUGAAUGAUUAAAGUCUCUUGAAAUUUGGCUCAAAAUGGUAAAAUGACAUGAUAAAAAUAGUAACAAUGCACAGGAAUUUUGAAAACAAAUUGAAACAUCAUGUUGAAGAUCUGCUAAAUUCUAAGAGACAGUUAAAACCUGAAUCAAAAACAGGUCAGAUUGCUGUUGAUACUAUUCCUCAAUACUUCAUCGUCCUCUGGCUUGUUUCACACCAACAUUGGCUCAUGUGACAAUUAUUUGACACGUGUCCAGCUUUUCAUUUUAAGAGUUAUCAUGCACAUUCAUUCAUGUGUGAUAACUUUCUUAUCAAUGCAUGAUGAUCAUGAGCUAAACUCCCCCGGCUAGCGCUCAACACUUCUUGAGGACUAAAGAUCAAUUGUCGGCACUUCACUCUUUCAGCUGUAAAUUGAUCACCCUGGCCAACAUUCGAGCUCCCAGGAUCAUUCUCACCCAUCAAUACUGUGCCUCCAUUUGAUGCAAACACAAGGUAUAAAACAGACAAAUAACAUAAAUAUGACUUUCUGUGAUUGGAUUGUGGAAUGAAGUAGCUUACAAAUGAAACUUCACCGCAUCAAAUUGAAACUAAAUGCUCGGAAUUUUAUAGAUACCUAAGUUGUUUCAAACUUUAAUUGGAACUAAUACUUUUUAAAUGUUAACUAAUAUUUAAAAAUGAGGCUUUUUACAUUAAAAGAGGUUGUUUGAGUUUCUAUUUACUCAGAAAACCUUUCAAACACUGAAGGCAAGGUGUAGUAAUUUCUCCAACUGUAGCCUACCACCAACAAUGCUAGCCUGUCAAUAUUAAGUAUGACCUAUUGAUGUAAAAAUUAGUAGGAACAAAUAUAAUGGGAUGGGACUCUCAACUGGCAGCAUUUUACAAAAUAUCCCUGGUAAUAUUAUCAUGUUGGCUUUGUUUGAUAUUUAGAUUAAAAGGAGAAAUGUGCCACUCAACCAAAUUUUUCUAUUUUUUUUUUUUAAACAGUGAAAUGCAUGAUCACAGCUUGCUCUGAAACACCUAACUCUGUUAUAUCAAAAUAUCCCUUUUUUUACCGUACAAAAGAAUGAAAGUGAAAUGAAGGAGUCUAACCAGAAAGCUCUUUUUCAAAAAGUCAACACUGAAGUCUGAUGAUUGCCCAAAAUACUGAUGUUUUCAUUAGCCUAUCCUUGGUGACAAAACCUCAGUGAAAGUUUCAGGUGAAAAUAAUAUCCCAUGAGGAAAAAACACAAUUUAUUUCAUUUUUUUUCUUUUACCUUAUCGCUGAAGGCUGUCAAGCAUUUUUACAACUUGCUGCAGGCACAAAGAUGCUUACGUUCAAUCUACAAUACUGUAAAGCCAUACUGCUGAGACAAAAGUGUCUAUAAACACAAAUCAUAAGAAUACAAUUGGUAACUUUUACACCAACUGCUGUGACAGUCUCAAUAGCCUGAGUUUUACUGGCAACCUUCUUUAUAGAAUAUUUAGUAAAAGUUGCUUAUCACCAGAAACAGGAGAAACUGAACCAGACAAAGAAUCAUUAAUAGUCCAGACUGCUAACAUUAGCUUGGCAACAUUCCAAGUCAUGGUUUAUGAAUUUGUCAACAACUUAUUCAACUUUUUGGAUAAUUCAACAAAGAGUUUGUUUUGUUGCUUCACUUUUGAGGACAAAUUCUAAAAUUUUGGCGACAACAACAAAAACUGCAAACUUCAGUACAAAAAUAAAGGGGUUGCGGGUGAACAUGAGUCCCAAAUCAUUAAAAUUCCUGCAAGAUAAAUCCCUGCAAACUCAAUUUCCUUCCCUCAGGAGAGGCUGAUGAAACCACAGCUUGGCGUCAGGAAGAAUAACUGAACAGCUGCUAAAGAUUUAUUAGUCUGAAUGAGAAUAGAUGUUCAAAUCGGCCUGGUUUUUCCAUCGCUAGUGUUCACAGUGUGAGCGUCCAUUUCUGUGUUGAGAACAGGACAUCCCCUUCAUGGAUGUCUCUCUCUCCCUUAGCCUGUCCUUUUGUGUUUUCAAUCCCCUGUAUUUCUCAGUGAAAACUAGGUUUUAGAAGACAAUGAGAAUGUCUAUAGUGAUCGUCGAUGGUGUUAUUGUGCAAACAUCAAUCAGAAAUGUAAGCGUAGAUGAGGGUGUGUUUCAUUUUAUAAUCUUCUUCGCCUCCUCCUCCUCCUCUUUACCCUCUUCUUUCCCUGUCCCUGUUUCCUAUCUUCUGAACAUUUCCAUGCCCUGUUGUCCCAGUUCACAGUAUUAGGCUGGAAUAUGGUUGUGUGGUAGUAGACACGUGUUCUGUCUGGUUGGUGAGUCAGUGUUGUCGUGCUAUGAUUUGUCGCUCUUCGUGAUUCCAUCGUAACAGCGAGCAGCGACUGGACUGAAAAGAUGAAAGGGGUGACCCAGGUUCCCUUAACAAAAACAGAAACAAUAUCGGUUCCCAUUUCACACCCUCCUCAUUUCUGGGGAACAGUUUCUGGAACUUUCUCGCACUGCACAGUGCCGCUCUGGAAAUGAAAACCCAUGGACUGUACUGUAUGUAUUUUCUGACAUGAUAUCUUGUCACUUUUUAUCUCGCAAAUGUAGAAAGGGGGAGUUGGUUUGCUGUUGUAAUACCAUGACUAUGAGCCUACACUCACUUUCGCCUACUGUGAUAUGCUGAGUCAUUUUGACAAGGAUUAGCAUUAAAGCAGUCUAUUAGCUGAAAACUGACAUAUUUAUGCUGGUCUGGGUUGAAAAUAAGUGCUUGUGUCAAUUCAAGCGUCACAAGCUCUUGAAAUCUAGGGGAACUCAUUUACCUUCAAGCUAAAUGCUCUGGCUUCAGAUUUCUUCACCUUCAAAAGGUUUAGGGAAACAUCAAACAUUUCAAUGGUUGUAACUGACAUCUAGUCUAACAAUUAUCUAGCAGCUCUCUUUUUUUCCAACAAAGAGUGCCAGUAAACACAGCUUUGCAGUCAAGCCAUCGCCUCCGUCUGGCAGAAAGACCCUUGUGUUAACAGAUACUAGAGGAGCUGAGCUCGAUUCAUCUUCUCUGCUGUCGUUCUUAAGAAACUAGGCUGAGUGAUCCCCUGCUCCCUCCUCAAGUUUGUCCUUGCCUUAGGUUGGUGUACUGUAGUCUAGACACCCCAUUUACAACAGCAGCAGCAGCAGCCUCACUAUCAGGAGGCUACCAAGGCAAAGCCUAAAACACAAAUAAUCCCAGCAUCAUCAUCAUCAGACAAGCUGAUGUUAAUGUUUAUAAUUAUUAUUAUAUUGCACCGUUAUCUACUGGUAAAUUAAAACAGACUGUGCUUUCAGUCUUUUUACAUCUGGCUAAGAACAGAGAAUUUGUGUCUAACCUUUUAGACUGCAUGUCAACAGCCUCAGUUUUCCAUCAUUUCUGACUAUAGCUUUUAAUGAAUCCAUCUCCCGCUCCAUAUUCUUCAGCUGCUGUUGUGAUUGGAUUAGACCUGAGUUGAAUAAUCAGAGCCGAGAGGAGCAGUAAUGGAAUGACUGUGGCAUGAGCUCGGCUGAUUGGGUGAUUACGCGGUAUAUUAGUCCCGUUUCCAUAACAGACUUCUUAGAGUAGUGUACCAUUAAAACACUCUCUUAUUUACCUCCUUGUUUUCUAUGGCUUUUUGCAAAGCUGUUGACUUGAAAUACAACCUAUGAUUUUCUUUUUUCUGUAAUUGAACAAAGACGCUUUUAAAAAGCACUAUUUCUUUGACUGAUAUUUCCUUGUAACUGGACAUGUAGCAGAGCAUUGAGCAUUGCUGAAGGAUUGUUUAAAGCACCUUAGUCAGACAAAUGCUUCAUCUUACAGUAACCUUGACCAGAUGAUUACAAGCGCUCCCCUUCUCUAUGUGACAAUACAGACCCCAAGUGGUCAACGUGUGGAACAGCAACUAAUGGGACCAUUGUGUUGAUGUUGGUAGUCUUGCAUGAGGUGAGAAAAUAAAAACAACAGCUCUGGGUGUCAUACAGUGAAACACUGCAGAGAGCAUAUUGACUGUUAGCUUCACAAGUCAGUGCUUCACUGAUUUUCUUAUAGCCAUAGUGUGACCUCCUCUAGGCUCUGGUUAUUUGGAGUUGCCAGAGGAGGCCUCCAUCCCAUUAAAAGCAACAGUUCUGACUUGGUUUUUGGGGCACAGUCUGUAGAUAAAACAGAUACACUCUGAUGCCCUCUGCCAGUUUUACCACAAAUACAUCAAAGAAAAAAACAACAAAAAGUCAUGGCAUCAUUCUUCCGCUGUAGUUGACUAAGAGCUAAUUGGUUAUUUCCUCUAAAGAGAAAAAAAUUGCUUUCUUUUGGUCUUAGCAGGUUAAAUCUAUGCAUGCCUUUUGUACACAGUGAUUGGUCUUGCCAAACUCUCACCUACACUUGUACGGAGAGCUAUGGGUGCCAUUGUUGCUGGCCAUGGGACUGGUUGAAACAAACUUUAAAAGUUUCUUUUUUCUUUUUUUUUUUUUCUAAUCUAGGGCCAACAACCUGCAACUGCAUUCCCCAAUAUUUCAGAGACUGCAUCUUUCAAAGAAGGCAUUUGUUUCCUCGGGGCGAUUGUCCUUUUCACUUAUCUAUCCACACACAGAGGAUCAGCUCUAAAGUAUAAGCUGUAGAUCAAAUCAUUGAUAUUCCAAGCAGGAUGGUGGGACUGAUCAAUGCUGUAUGGGGAUAGGAUUAUUAAUGGCAUACUUCUAUUGAUCUAGCUUGAACCUUGUCACUCUCCCACAAUCCCUCUGGAGUAGGAGGAGGUGUACAGAGCUCUAUCAGACCUGGUUGGCACUCAUUCCUAGGUUUCUGUGUUACCUUUUAAGAUGAUUUCCUCUUGAAAACGAGAUGGUGCCAGAGUUUUUUCCAGGUCUGAGCUAAUGUAGCGCUCUUGUACCCCCCUCACUCUUCAGAAGGCAGCUAUAAUGGGUAUAGCUCUGUAUUUAUUGGAGCCCUCUAAUGAGAAGUACUAAAAUGUUUUUCUGAAAUUUGGCCUGAGAGUAAACCUGCUCUCCUCUCUCUCUUUCUCUCUCUCUCUUUCUCUCUCUCUUCUUCCUUUACCGUCACUCUGGCACCAACCUCGUUAAACAUUUAUCAUUUAUAACUCUCAGUUUUUUUGACUAAUUUGUGUUUGUUCCUCCUUGUUAAAACAGUCAUUAAUGACUCCUGAAACCUAGGAAUGAGUGCAGUGUGCUCCAUUAAAUGCAGAGCUACAAUAAGAAGAGGUUGUACAGCUUGUGGAAUCGAACAGUGUGAACAGAUCAAUCAUUGAAGCAUAUGGCUGGCUUUCAAAGAUACUGUUAUACAGUAAGCACCAAAUCUGAAAUCCAGCACAUCUGACUGUACUAGAUUUAUAGCAUUUAUAUUUAGGAUUAGUGUGGAUCCUUGGAUGUGAAGAAAUUUAACUGUACAUAUUAGAUCUUUUAGCCAUAUCAUGUCAUCUAAUCUGUAGACCUCCUUGCCAUGUCUGACAGAGGAAAAUGACUGUUGAACUGUAAAUAGUGUAGGUAUAGUGAUAUAGGAUAUAACUGCUGUUUCUUUUCUCCAGGGAUCACUUGUUUUGCUCAGUCCCAUGGCUACUUGGUCUCAGAGGGAAGGAUGAGAUAAUAAUGUACUUGUCUAUAAAACACAUAUGGGUUCUUUUUUUAUUUCAAUGUAUGUUUUUUAAACUGUCUGUCUUGUAAAUGAACUCCUUUUCGUCAUAAAAGCAUGAUGUGACUCUGUCAAAA